GGAGCAGCGCCAGGUGGACACUGGUAAGAAGUCAAAACAUUAUAAAACAGUGUGACUAUUCGCAAUUGGGGGGAGCCAGUGUACCCCUGGCACCAUAGCCUCUUCAGUGCGCUGUAGUGAUUAUAGUGUUUGUAAUGUCCCUUUGGGGAUAAACAGUAAACCGAUCGAGUUAGGGUAGUGGUGGCCAAAAAAGGUAAAUACGAGGCAUUUUAGCUGAACUACGACUCCUAUGAUCUAUAAGGCUGACAAAGCAUUGUGAGAGUUGUAACUCUGAAACAGAUGGUGAUAUGCUUUUUAGCAAUAUUUGGUUGAGAGAUCCUGAUUUACGUGGAAUUUCUUAUUCUGCGUGUAAAAAACAUUGCCUGGUAUGUAGAAAGGGUGAAACAAGUGCCGAGGUUUAGUGGGAUUCAAUUCUCCCACUUGAACAAACUUUAGAGUUUUAAAAAUAUAUAUAUUUUAUUUAUUAAAGGGAAAAUGUAGGCAUCCUAACAACGUCUUCUCAUUGAAGUUGUUAUGGUGCUUGGAGACCCUGGCACCAGCUCAAGUAAACAUUCUUUGAAUGGUUUAACGCUGAAUGAGGUUACAUAAGCAGCCGCAGCCUGGCCUCCCUCUGAUUUUUGCGAGCAGCAGAGGGUGGCGCUGACUGACCUGCAGCUGCAGCCUAUUGUAUGUGUUGGUAUGGCUAAGGUGGAGUUAACUCCAAUUUCGCCAAACCUGCAGUGAGGAGUAUUCAGCAGGUCAAAAACAGUUUAGCAUUAAGCGUCAGGACACAGUAAACACCAAAACGACUUCUAUGAGAUAAAGUGGUUAGGUUGUUAUAAUUAUUACAUUAUUAUGUUAUAUAAUGGUUAUUAUAAUGUUCCUUAAACAUUUGGAUAGUGUGUCUUACAUGGUUCCACAGCACCACACAGCACCUCACAGCACUGUUUGGUAAAUAAAUCCAUUAUUGUUGUUUUAACAAUCAUACGAUUAUUAUUUACUAUUAGUAGCCAGGAAGAUGGUAAGAUUGUCAGUGUUGUGUUUUUAUAUACAAUGUUACUAUACAUUGUGUUUUGUUAACAAAUUAUUAAAGGGACACUUUGGACUUUAGCUUGCUGAAAAGCUUUAUGUGUGUGGAGUGUGUCCUCUUUUUAGAAGGGGCUCAGAAGGUGAGGGCUUGCAAAGGCUGCAACCAAGAAAUCUGCAGAUUUCCAAGUGUUUUUUUUAUAUACCCCCCCAAUGGAUGCGUGAUUAAAUGCAUGCAAGUUUUCAUUUGAGGUAUAUUUAUAAAUAGUUAUAAAAAAAAAAAAAUACAUUUGAGAGUGUUCCUUAAAUAUCGAAGAUGUACACAGCCAUUAAACCCACCCAAGGGUUAAAAGACAGCUUUUAUAAAACCCCUUUUAUAUUAAUCCACAUUGCACUGAAUGGUACAUUUAACUAAAUUGAUGUCAUCAUGGAACCACAAAUCUCAUGUUUGUUGUUAUUUUGUAAUUUCAUAAUUUCAUAAAAAGGACACAAAGCAUUAUAUUUUAAAACUGCCAAUUCCCCUGACCCACAUAGACAAUGGGAUGAGCUUAUACUGCUGUUUUGAUAAUGCGCAGUAUUGCUCCUAUCGAUACCUACAAACUGUCCUGGAUCCUGCUGUCCAGUACUGAUUUCAGCCUAUUCAAUAAUUAUUAUUCUUAUUUAUAAAGUGACAACAAGUUCCGUAGCGCUGUAGAUUAGGUGACAGCUGAGGGUCCAUUAUCAUUGUAACGGAUCCGCUAUAUUCCGGCUUAGUAUAUCCGUUAUGAAUCUCCCGAGUCCCAAGCGCAGUAGUGAUUAUAGCCCAAGUUCCCCAAACAUCAGCCUAGACUUGAUGAAGGGUAAAACUAAUCUGUUUAAUCUGGCCAACUGGCCCACUUAUAUACAAAAUCAGGAGGCAGUAAAACACGCUCAAAACACUCCCACAAAAUGACUACAAUUUACAGUGUCAGCAUAGAUUACAUAAAAUAUGAAAAACAUACAUAAUAAUCAUAUAGGAACCCCCACAAAAGUUAUAUCCCCGGAUAGCUUGGAUCUGAGCGCCCAAGUUGUCCAAAUAGCACUCAGAUCCCACGAAUACAGCCGCAUUGCCACCGGGGUAAAGUUUUGACCGACCGCUCAGGAGGCGUCUGUCCAAAACAGUUCCAAAGUUUUAGUGGUAGCGGUCGGUCAAUUUCGGGGGUUCCAUACGAAUAAACUGUUGAAUGGUUCCCCUGGCUCAUAGGUAGCGUUUGUUCAUCUUGUCCAUAUGAACAAACCUACCAAACAGUGCUCUCCUGGCUUGUCGUGGAAAGAAGCAGGCGUUCACAUGGUUUCACCGAUGUUCGCUCGGUCGAGUGUACGACUUGGAGUUCCAGACACUCAACGACCAAGUCCCGCUGCCUGCAUUCAUGCAACAAGAUGGGCACUGUUUUCUCCAACACGUGGCGUUUGGUUAUACAGAGGCCACACAUAGAGAUCACUUAAUCCUGUGGUCUUUGUAGUUAAUGAGCCAGGGGGGUGGUCGGUGUUUGGUAGAUUUAUAUACCAAAUGCAGGGAAAAACAUGGAUGAAGUUCAGCAACUUGUUUGUGACUGAGGAGGAGGACAUCUCCUAUACAGGCAAAAUAGUGGAUUUUGUGACAAUCAUAAUAAGGCAAGACCAGUGAUCUGCGCUCCCCUUGUUCGAUAAUUUUUGUUUGCUACUUUUAUGGUUAAAGGACCACUAUAGUGCCAGGAAAACAUACUCAUUUUCCUGGCACUAUAGUGGAUGGAUGGAUGGCGAGGGAAGGGGUUAAACUUACCUUUUUUCCAGCACCGGGCGGGGAGCUCUCCUCCCACUCUCCGCCUCCGAUCCUCCUCUUCGGCUGAAUGCGCAUGCGCGGCAGGAGCUGUGCGCGCAUUCAGCCAGUCUCAUAGGAAAGCCUGUCUCAUAAUGCUUUCCUAUGGACGCUGGCGUCUUCUCACUGUGAUUUUCACAGUGAGAAGCACGCAAACGCCUCUAGCGGCUGUCAAUGAGACAGCCACUAGAGGCUUUAGAGGCUGGAUUAACCUAUUUAUAAACAUAGCAGUUUCUCUGAAACUAUGUUUAUAAAAAAAUGGGUUAACCCUGGCUGGACCAGGCACCCAGACCACUUCAUUAAGCUGAAGUGGUCUGGGUGCCUAGAGUGGUCCUUUAAGACCUCAUUUAACCAAGCUACAUUCCACCCAAUAAGUAAAAAUUUGGUCACGCUACACAGUUACAAAUACAGCAUAUUACAUUGAACCCUUAUUUGGUCACGCUGCAUAACAUCUACUAGAUUAACAUACAGCUCCGUUCAGCCGCAUUGCACGUUUUCUGCAUACAGCACAUCUAUUUUAGCCUUAGUUCACCCAUGCUACAUUAUCUAUAGACAAUUAAGUUAAUCAGCCAAGUUAGGUUAUCAUGUUAUUUUGGGCCAACAUUCGGCCUUGCUAAAGUAUGCUUGAAUUUGGGUAUUAGAAUUCUGUCAGUGUGCGCCAUGCUACAAUUUCUAUACUUCAUUAUACGUGGCCUCGUUUGACCAUGCCACAGUUCACUCACUGUUAACCUUUUAGUAAAUAGGGGUACACGUUGUAUGCAUACUGGAUUCGGCUACAUUAAUUAUUUCUAUAAGUACAGUUGGUGUAAGAGGCUGUUUUCUUUGCAAAAUACUUUUUUACGUUUCACCUGCUGGAAUAACUUCCAUAAUUCAGUUACAUUAUAUUCUACUGUAUCUGGUAUAAGUCAUCGAACAGCUGAAACAUGUUUGUUGGUUUCUACCAUGGCUAUUUUAGGUGGGUUUCCGUUGUGGCAUUCUCCUAAAUUAUGCUAUUUAUCCCCUUGUAAUAAGCUGUAUAAGUUUCCUUCUACGUUGGAGAUCUAGUGGUACUGUCCAAACCAGAGUUGCCAAAUUUUAUACCUACAUUAGCGGUAACUUUAUUGAUACCCUUAUACUUGGUUGAAUGUGUUAUGUGGGUAUUCAAACUCAAAUUCCAAAGGCUUCAUAGAGUAGUGCAAAUAGGAAGGAGUUUAAUUCAGGAUCAGAAAAACAAAAUUAUAUGUAUAUGUAUGUGUACAUGAUUAAGACUUGAUGCCGAAACGUUGUAUAUAAUUGCAGAAUCUCGCGUGAUGUCUAUGCUCGGACAGAUUAACCAUGUCGCAAGAUUUUUUGGUCAGCUGGAAUGAGAUGGCCAUGUUCAGCCAUAGCUUUGCAGCAAUAUUUGAUGACGUGUGUGUAUAUAUAUAUAUUUCUUUUUCAGUAUUGCUGUGAGACAUGGAUUGAAAUAUCCCGUUCCAGAUUAAGACUCAUUACUCAUGUUCCCCCUUUUUUUUAAAUUGAUAAGUGAGUGGGGGGGAGGGAAUGCGGCAUCUCUGUUCUCAGGGAAGUCACUGUGAGGUUGGAACAUUUCGUGGUCUCGAUUGUAACCUGGAGAACUGACUCUUUCCUUGUGGAUGGGAAGGUAGUUACGGCAGAUGUGGUUGCAGACAGAAUUUGGCCACAUGAUCACACUUUUAUUUUUAGAAAACCAGAUGUUUGCUGAUGUAAGUAGUCAUUGUGGCUACAUUUUUUUUAAACUCAUGUACGGAAGAUUUUGACAUAUGCAAGCAAUCAUGCACAAACAACAAGGUAAAUUUUAAAAAAAGUCCUUGAUUUUUGAACUUUAAUACAGGGUUGGACCAAUUUUCUGUGAUUUUAAAAUAAAUGUGAUUUAAGUAAAAUAAGUGUAAAAUCCCUUCGGUGAUUUUCCUGAAUCCAGCACUGAUGUCCCUCGGCACUGGGUCAGACUCCACCCAUGCACCCAUUAGACCUUCCCAUAGGAAAGCAUUAUUCAAAGCUUUCCUAUGGGGAUUAAGGCGACGCUGGAGGUCCUCAUGUAUAGCGUGAGGACAUCCAGCGUCGUUUAAAAACACUUUCCGUGUUCUAAGAACACGGAAGUCCCUCUAGUGGUUGUCUGAGAGACAGCCACUAGAGGAAGACGUAACCCUGCAAGGUAAUUAUUGCAGCUUAUAAAACCUGCAAUAAUUACAGUUGCAGGGUUAAAGGUAGUGGGAGUUGGCACCCAGACCACUCCAAUGGGCAGAAGUGGUCUGGGUGCCUGGAGUGUCCCUUUAAGUGGGUCUGCCACUUUCGGGGCUCUUUGUACAUUUUGUGAAGUUUCCUGAAAGUGAAAUGUCCGAUGUGGGUUUGGUAGCCACUGGGUCCCUACUUUGUUUUAUUGUCUCUUUGAAUAGUGUUGGAAUUUUAAUGAAAUUCCAAUGCACUCAGGCUCAGUAUUUCACAAGGAAUCAUCUCCUAUUUAAAUUGUAGAUUUUUAAGAGAAUAAUUCUCAGCUGUAUAUGUCUGUAUAUUUGUGACCACAUCAAAUGGAUAGCUGAUAUUUCUGUCUAAAACACGGACCCAGUACAAAGCAAACUGAUCACCUAUAUGUCCCUAUACAUAAAGAACAUUUCUGCUUAAUGUUUCCUUAGGGCUACGAUCGCAAACAAACACACUAGCUAUAUUUGUCGAGAGAAUAUAAAGAAUAUAAAGAAGUCCAUAUUAGAUGAAGGAAUCCCCUGGACUGCAAGGAAGGGGAAGCAUGACUGCUGACGCACAAUAAGUGGUGGGAUAUAGAUGGAUACAUUUGUAGUUAAGCUGGAAUGGUAUAAGAAGGGGAGCAGAAUUGAGGGUACUCACAAUUUGCAGGGCACGUGAUGCCGUUGAAAGGGACCCAGGGUCAACAUUGCGGUGGCGGAGUUCCUGGCCAGCACAAGUAAUUCACGGGACAAGACUUUGGGGAGUCACAGACUGCUAGGGCUGAUGGCAGAAGGCAGGCUGUACAGAAAUAUAUGGAUUAUCUGUCUGUUGGGUGGUCACCCCAACAGCCGACAGGUGGUGAUAAUGCUGGCGGUGUUAUAAGUUAAUACCAAAAUAAAGCUGUGGCCGUUGCCCUUAUCCAAUACUCAAGUGUCAUGUCAUUAUUGGGUAGGUAACAGAAAUAUAAUUUGGUCAGCUGUCAUGGACUACUAGUCAGAGCGGAUUUGAACCUGUUUUUUUUUUAUGUAUAGUUUAAUUUUUUAUUGAUUUUAUUGAUUACAUAGCAAUUUGGUACAUUUUGCAGUGUGUCAGAUAAAAAAGAGAAAAUGCAUAUAUCAUUGCUGCGGUACAGGUAGCAGGAACCUGUGUUUUUUUGUACUUAAAGCUGGACUUAUGCCCCAGCUUUAAACGAGAAGUGGGGUCUAGGUGGGACUUUAAAUCAGUAAAGUUCAUACAUAAUUUGAUAUGCUAGCAUGGAUAUAACUGAUGUGAUAGCUUUGUGGUAUAGCAAUCCAGUCACAUGUGGUAUAGGUGCAGCAUUAGACCACCGUUCCCUCCUGCUAAGGUCAAUAAAAAAUGCUGUUAAGCUGCGCAAUAAUAACACCCAGACGGGGAAACAAGCAAAAAGUUAAAUGUAACUUUUCUUCUGCUGACUUUUCAAACACGUCUAAAAGGAACAAAGACACUAAUACGUUGAGGCUGUGAGAAUUAAUUCUUUACAGACUUUUAUUUUCAAGUCCAUUUGCAGAUUGUGGUGCUGGUAUCCAAAAUGAAAGAAGAACAAUGGCUUGGGAUUGCCUCCUAAGAAAUGGGAGCCCUGGUGUCUCUGUGUUAUUCUUUCUGUCAGUGUUCUCGCAGCCGGGGCUCUGUCUUAUCAUUGUAACACUAUGCUGCUUCAAUGGAAAAUAGUGAGUUCCAUUUUCCUGUUUCAAACGAACGUUUCCCCUUGGGGUUACUAACCACUUCCCUCUCAGCACCCAAUGCAGCAUCAAAACAGAAAUACGCUUCGUACUACUUAUUACAUGUUUUACUAUUAUUAUCAUACGUCCUCCGCCCUCCGUGUGUGAUGGCAAAAUACAGAACUGCUCAGCUAUUUAUUUGUUGCAGAGGGGCAGACCAAUGCAUUGAUAUAUGUCUCUCAAACACAUAAGAAAAAUACAAAGUGGAAAAUAAAGUUAAAUUCACUUUUAUAAUGAAAUCAAGUUAUGAAGCCAGGUAGGGCUUAAUUUGCUUUUACUAUAUUUUGGGUAUAUCCUGCGGUUAAUGUUUUUAUUAUUACCCAACUUGAUUUUACACAUCAUGAAAGUCUGAUUCAACUCUGCUGGGAAUGGUACAUGUGAUCAUGGAGUUUGACUGGAUACUAGAAAUAAUGCACUGGAUGAUCUCAUUGAUUUAGUAGGGUUUAAAUUAGGGAACAGAAAGUUAUUUUAACUGUUCUAUCCUUAUAGUUCUAUUUUCUUUGAUAAUUAAUCUUUUUUUAAAUUUAUUUAUUUAUUUAUUUUACGGUGGACUGCCGCUUCCUAGGAUUUUUUACGUUAUGUUUACUUGUUCCCUAUAAUCAACAACUAUUACGAUUUAUUAUGACUGUUGUACUAUAUUUAUAAAGUGCCAACACGUAUAAUAGAUACAUGUAAAUAGACAAAGGCACAAUGCAUCUGGGACAGUACAAAAUUUGACAAACAAAUACAGGAGCAGUUAAAAAAUGUAUUUACGGAAUCCACCCAUAAUUAUCCUACAACUGGAUGCCUCCAUGUUGGCUCCUGGUCAACCGUUAUUAUAAGCUCUGUCCUUUGCACCUGGCAGUCCGUGUAGAGAAAACAUACAGAAAAGAGGAAUGAAACACUGUUUCUAUUUCUCCUCAUUUGCAUUGUGUGCCCUGGAUAUGCCUAGCCUGAACUUGGUUGUAAAGCAAUUUGUUCAAUCUUUAAUAUUAAUAUAAAAGAAAAUGGAGCAUGAUAUAAUACGCUUAAGACAAUGUAUAGGUAUUGUCAUUAUUUUAUUCAGUGAUGUAAUUUCCAGAAUAGUGACAGUUCCCCUUCGGCCUACCGAUUAUGUAAACAACAAAAACAUUAACAACACCAGUGUCCCUUUUUGUUUUUCAUGAUUACGUUUGACAAUUAUUGAAUGAAAAGUUCAAGGUAACAUGAACUGGAAUAACCGUGUAUAAAAAACAAUGUAAAAUUGUUUAUAUCUGAAUGUUUUUGUAUUGUUGGAAUGCACAAAAAUAUCUAGUUAAAGGACCACUAUAGUGCCAGGAAAACAUACUCGUUUUCCUGGCACUAUAGUGCCCUGAAGGUGCCCCCAACAGACCACUGCACCCGAAACACUUCAUUGAGAAGCAGUGGUCUGGGUGACUUUAGUGGUCCUUUAAUUCAAAGAUAACAAGUCAGCAUUGUGACAUUUAAUACAUUCUUUCCAUAAUGUAGAUAAACUCUGUCAUCAUCUUUUCGCUAUCAGAUACCAGUUUAAAGCCUGCCUGUUCCUUCCAUUGAUCCAUAUAAAAUCGAUGACUUGCUUUUUGCACACACGACUCCACAAGUUUAAAGAAUCCUUCCUGUUUCCUGCACGUUGUAACAUGUAAAACUACAGAGGAAAUCAAACAUUUUGGCUGCUAACAUUACUUGACCUCUGCAACUUUUUUUCUCCCUAAUCAGUUAACGGUGGCUGCCGGUCUGGAAAUUGUGAUGUAAUUUGAAGAUGGCCACCUUUGCACUGCAAAACUGCCAGAUGUUUAAGUGAUAAUUACAGUUAAACUUACGGCGGUUUGGGUAGAUGAAAAUAAUAUGAAUUAUUUGGAAUUUUUUGAACUGAUUUAUGAAACAAACAUGUUACAGAUAGGGCCACUUUAACUGUUGAUGAAACUACCACUCAUUUUUUUUCAGUCUGCAUGACCAGUAGCAUGAUGGGCUGUUAAACAGGUCAUGCCGUGCCAUCUCAGGUGCUGUGCUGUCCGUGAAGGUCACCCAACAGAACUCUGUGCUGCACUUGCGGCUGCUCUAGGUGAGCUCAAAAGGCUUUUGCACUAGCUAGUGCAAAAGCCUUUUGAGCUCACCUAGUGCAGCCGCAAGUGCAUUCAAAUACACAUCUGUACUGCACUUUCAGCAAGAUGGAGGCCCCAAAUCAAGACUUGUCCAUUGGGUUCAGAUCAUGUUGCCAAGUUUGCCUUGCUGCUUUUAAAACUGUUCCGGCCUCUUGCAAACUGAGCUGAGUGAGUGACAGAGGUGAUACGGCAUAGCAGCAGUAGAUCUGUGAGCAGUGGUGCAGAUCACUUUUCCAACGUUCCCUCUUUGCCGAGGUAUAGUGGUGAUCUAACAGCAGUAGAUCUGUGAGCAGUGGUGCAGAUCACUUUUCCAAUGUUCCCUCUUUGCCGAGGUAUAGUGGUGAUGUAACAGCAGUAGAUCUGUGAGCAGUGGUGCAGAUCACUUUUCCAAUGUUCCCUCUUUGCCGAGGUAUAGUGGUGAUCUAACAGCAGUAGAUCUGUGAGCUGUGGUGCGGAUCACUUUUCCAAUGUUUCCUCUUUGCCGAGGUAUAGUGGUGAUGUAACAGCAGUAGAUCUGUGAGCAGUGGUGCAGAUCACUUUUCCAAUGUUCCCUCUUUGCCGAGGUAUAGUGGUGAUGUAACAGCAGUAGAUCUGUGAGCAGUGGUGCAGAUCACUUUUCCAAUGUUCCCUCUUUGCCGAGGUAUAGUGGUGAUCUAACAGCAGUAGAUCUGUGAGCUGUGGUGCAGAUCACUUUUCCAAUGUUCCCUCUUUGCCGAGGUAUAGUGGUGAUCUAACAGCAGUAGAUCUGUGAGCAGUGGUGCAGAUCACUUUUCCAAUGUACCCUCUCAGCCAAACCAUUGCUUCAGACAUCCUUUGCCAACUCUUGCUGUCUAGAAUAGCAAAUCACAUCAAAUAUCUGGAUGCUGAACAAACAGAUCUUACCCAAUAAGAUCAACAGUGACCGGACUCUAUGUUCCUCUACUCUACCUCCCCAUAUCCAGUUAUUAAAGGGUUAAAACAAGCAGCAGGAAUUAUGGACAAAAACACGCAGUCACAGACUAGUCUUCACGCUUCUUGACAGUUCAUUUAAAUUACUAUGUCAUAUUUGAGCAACGGAUGUUCUACAAGUGAAUUUUGUUAUCCAUGCUGACCUUUCUAGUAUUUGCCCAAACGUGUGUGGAAUUGUUACGAGCAAGCGCCCGUCAAUGCAGACAGUGUGCCGAUUCCCAUGACCAUGCGGAUUUCGAGAUUCCCUGCAAGCGGAUGCCCCAUUCCGCUAAGGGAGACCGUGUUUUAAGGUGCAGGCAAACAUAGCUUAGAUAAAUAUACUUAACCUUUCUAUCGACAUUUGGUUAAGGAAGAGCAAUACGUUGACGGAUAGUUGGCAAUGAAAGAGUGAAGCUGAGGAAGGAAAGAAAAACAUACUUGUUAAAAUACCAUGUCAAUGUAUAGGUAUAUUCGUAAUAUAAAGAAAAUUUAGUUGUUUUUUUUGUUUAAAUUUGCAGUGGCGCCUAGUUGCUUUUGUCCCAUACCUUCGUAUGGGUUUGGACAUGUUUCCCAAAUAAACAAUGUUAACUCAGGAAAUACCUUAAUGUGCUGAGAUGAAAAUAAGGACAUUCCAGCCCUUAACUACAUGUGCCUUCAGGCUUCCAGCGAAGGUAUUGAAACCUAAUGCAGUAAAGAAUGCCUGGAAUACGUGUUAGAUAUCAUGAAGAUAGAAGAUACACGAAAUUCGUAUGAGAUUUCAGAACUGGCAGAUGGGCCAACUUGUCCCUAUCUGCCAGAAACUUCUAUAUUCUAACAUGGACAGCAAAUGCAUGAAACGUAGAUUCAGAGUUUAGAUAGGUAUACCAAAAGGGACAUUCCGGGCAAAAUAACAACAUCAUAGGACUGAAGUUGUUAUAGUACAAGGAGGUCCUCAGCUGGGUGCCGGGAGUAAACCUUUAAAAUUAGUGUUUUAACCCAGAAGCGUUGCAUUUAGAGCCUGAUUCCUCUGCUAAGCUAUUUCCGACUGGGGGUAGCUAAUAGAUUGAGAGCAUCGACUGACGGCUUACGAAAAAUAAGUACAUUACUCAAGGCAUUUUAUCAAUGGGGGGCUACUAACGCUCUCAGCCAUCAGUGACUCCCAGCCAGAUGUUUCCUGAUUCCAGACAUAGACUGUGUCGAGAAUAACUGGGCAGCGUGAUCGGGCCGCAGAUUCAAAACUUUGGGGUUAAACUGUGACAGACCCAUCUGAAUGACUAUUAUUUGUCGGUUCGUCUAGUUUGCCUUCCUUUUGUGGAAAUUGCCUGUUCCUAUAACCCCAUGCGUAUGAUUGACUUUUUGCCGAAUAAAUCCACCGAACGGACGGCCACCCAGAAGAGAAGUGUGCUGCUGGUUAACCUCUUGAUCCCAAUUAAAACGUUGUGGUUAACCGCAGACACCUCUUAAUUAUAACUGAAUACAGGGUGGUCGUCGUUCGUAUGUCGACCACGAGGCGGCGGCCAUUUUAAACCACGCGAAAGACCAGCGGUGUUCGGCAUUGAUUCUAUGGAACUAAAAACUGACACCUUUUCUGCCGAACACCGCUGAAACUACAGACCGCCCUUCUCAGUUGACAAAAGCAUGUGAACACCGGCCGUUCGGGAGUUUUGGAUUACACGAAGAGACUUAACCCAGAUAGCCUUCCCAUGGAGUCAAUCGCAUACUGAAAGACUGUAAAGACUUUGAUUCCAUGGCGAUUGAACUAUGCGUAUGGGAUCUGAGUGCUAUUCGCUAAGAAUAUGCCCUCAGAUCCAGCUAUCUGGGGAUACGUUACACGAAUGUAAUAUGUUCGGUAGUUGUGCAAUUAUUUAUUUUCAAGUGUUUUCUGGUGUUUUACUUAAAAUGGCAAUUUGUUUUUGUCCUAGAGAUAAUUGAAUUACUUCUCAAUUAUCUCCAGGGCAGAGGGGAGGAAACCAUGAUGUAUGGUAGGAAUCUUUUGUGCCUGUGUGUCUGAAAAAGCCAUAUGUCUGUCUCCCUUUUGGUCCCCUAGGGGAGUGUCCACCAAGUGGGAGACCUGCAUAAAUACGGACGGGUAGCCCACAGUAAACCCAGUUCUUGUUUUACCCUCAAUGCGGAGCCUGGUCUCGUUAUUGGGGGGAUUUACUACACACAGUUAGCGACUGAUUGCUGGAAACGUAAGCCGCUUGGAGGAUAUACUUGUUUGGCGGUUAGCGACGAUUCGUGGAUUAUUGUUCGGGAGUUUGGAGCACUCUUAUGGAUCCCGUUCGGGAGAUUACCGCUUUCCCCUGGUUGUGGUUCGUACGCUGAAUUAUAUACGAACUGAGAUGGCAAGAUUGUGAAGGGGAAAGCUCAACUAAACGGUGGUUUCACUCCUAGGUCUCCGGGGUGUCUUAACAUAAACUAUUUGUUAAUGGUUUCUCCCCUUGAGGUAAGCUUUUGCCCAUGGACCUGCAUACAUCUUAACAACUUAAUUUCAAUGGUGUUGUUAUGGUGCCAGGAGUGUUCCUUUAAUCUAUGCAUGUGCUGUCAGUUUCACUAGCCUUGUGUAUACAUGUCCAAGUGUAUAACUCACCUGAAGCAGCCCCAGUCAUUACUGUCAGUUUACCUAAUACUAUAAAUAAUCGUAAAUUAAAUAAAAUUGGUUUAAAUUACUUGGGAGCCCUUGACACGUAUUCAUUUUAGCACCAACAUACACUGUGCGAUAUUUAAUGCUGUCCUCUGUCCACUGAGUCUCAGAUGUGUGAAAUGUUAGUGGAAAAGUAAUAGAGAAGUAAAUACUUGUUAUUGGGUCUAUGUAAAUGGAAUUUCCACCUUGUGGUUUCAGAAUGUGUUGAACAUUGAGCUUUUCAAAACACUUGAAUAUAUGCCAUUGAGGCAUUUUAACACGUCGAACAAAUUCUGGCCUGCAGUGGCGAUAAAACAUGACAUAGACCUCAAUCAUAAUCCCGUACUAAGUGAUAACGGUUUCUGAACUUCUGCCGGUAGUGCCAGUUGGUUUUCAACAUUCACGAUCAAAACUGUUAACCGUUUUCUGCUGGUAGUACCACAGGAGUUAUACAAAGUUACUCAUUUAAAAAAAGACUUUUUUUGUUGUUGUUGUCGUCCAUCACAAAAUCUCGAAUAAGAUGUGGGAAGAUUGAUUGAUGCUAAUGACAAAUGGAAUGGAGUGAUUAUGAUUAUGUCAGCUAGGCUCCUUAAAUCAAUGCCAAAUUGAAAAAGCCAAAAGUGUAACUUCUUUACUUCCUAAGCCAUUGGUUAAUGAAAGGAACACUAUAGCGUAGGAAAUACAAACAUCUAUGCCCAACACUAUAGUGUUCUACUCCCGAUUUAGAUACAAUUUAAAAUAGGGGAAAAAAAGGUUUUUACUAACCCUUAUUAAAGCGCCAAAGCUCCAUGCCGGUGCCCACUCCAUCCUCCUGUGACAUUGUCCCACAGGCCUUCUCAUCUUCUCAUCAAUCCAAUGCGUCAGACCCAUUCGCGAUUUUGGGGUGCUCAUGAACCUGGCAGCUUGAUCUGAAAAAGGCUGAAAUAUGGCGGUGCAAGGAGGGAGACAUGUUUGCUCCGUUUACUGCAUUGCGGCAAAUCCUUGCAAAAAAUCGCAGAGACCCCCACAGGUGACAGCACUGCUUUGACUGGAGAGACAGCUACAAAACGGCUUCCAUUUCUGUAAAAUGGAAAAUAUAUUUUUAUAUCUUUAGGGAUACCAUCCUGACUAUUUUUCAUGAACACAAUUUGCGGGCCUUUGAGUGGCCCCCCAGAAAGUGUUGCCAAUUUGUCUCAUUGAUUGAUUGUCCACAUUAUGAAACCAUCAUUGUGUGAGCAAAACCUAUUUUCAUGAAAGUGUUAAAAGAACAGAUAUGUAAAAGUCUAGGUCUAUUGACUUAUCAAGCUUGUAAAAUAAAACCUGACACUAAAAAUUAGAUUGUAAAAUAUGACAGAAGGUUCAGACAUAAAUGAAUUGUUAGUUGAAGGUUGGUUCCUUUAGAUAACACUUCGGGUGCUAGAACUGCAACAAAUUAUUCAACUUUUCUUAUAAUAAAAAGGAGAAAUGCUGUUCUAAACACCAAUAUCUCAAUGGUACAAAAAUGUGCAAGUAUUACAAGCUAUUAAUAUACUGAGUAAAAGAAAGAAAAGCUAUUUUAAUUUGUCCCCUUUCUGAGGCUAACAGGGCUAUUCACUAAAUUGAGAAAUUAUUUUUAAUUUUCCGUUUUCUAUUUUGCCCUCAAAUGUGAAAUUGACUUUGGAAUUCCCACUUUAGUGGAUACCCUGUAAAACUGAUAAUGGAUAAAAACGCUAUCGCUGCCUGUCAGUGGCUGUUAAUCUUGGCAGUAAUUUUGGCAGGUGUCUAUGAAAUAAAUUUCCCAUAACAUCAAGCCAGCCUUGCACAAACAUCUACUGUGCCAAGAUUAGCCAUCACUGCUGUUGACAAAAGAAAUGAAAUUGAUAAAAUCUGUAUUUAAACUGAAUGGCGCCAAUAAACAAAGAGCUGCCUUGACCCCGAGAAAUGGACGAGCGUCCAUCCACCCCUCUAUCCAUUCUUUAAACUUUUCUUUUGACUGUAGGAUCCUUAUUCGGUUUUCUCCCACCAAUACCUCUGAGUAACAUGUUUACAGUCAGUCGCCUACACUUAAGGGAAAUCGAUGUUCCCUGUCCACUAGGUCGGCUAUUGGGCAUAAACCUCUCCAAUGAAGCAUCGGCUGACUGAAGCUUUAUAUAAUGGAAAAUCAAACAGUCGUAAGCUGCAGUUUGCUAAACAAGUGUGCUUUGUGCUCCUCUAGCAAACAUACCGGCUAUUUAUAAAUCAGGCCUUUGACAUAAAGUUAGCGCUGCUAGUGUGUAUUAGUUACCAAUCUCUCUCUCUCUAUUCAGAACGCAGCGUGGAGUCUCAUAUUGUCCUGACAAAAUAAUAUAAUGAUAAAUAAUUGCCUUUUCCGCAGCCGUCCUAGAUUUCAGCUCUCGUAUGUGUUUUAUAUUUGAAACUUUCAUCUUUUGAAAUGUUUUGUGACCUGUUUUUUCCAUUUGAUAGUUUUGUAUGUGGCUGUGAAGAAAAGGAAAAGCUUUUUAAAAGUCGCCAUUAAAUAAGAUUACAUUAAGUGCUGAUAAAAACGGCGACCGUUUGGUUUAGGUGGGAUUUAGCAUUGGGGGCUGUUAUGGUUAAGGUUAUAGAGAUACCUGCCUACAAGGUGCUAUGGACUCUAAUGACUAUGAUUCUUAGCUAGGUUGGUAGGAGUCUUUAACCCUAUGCCCCUCUAAACCUUGAUCAAAGUUCUCUUUGCAAUUUUACAACGUUAUAGUACGGUUAGUGGUGCAUUUCUAAAUUUAGAUUUUUAAAGUGAAUUGGAUUGGCCAAGGGACAGCACUCUAUUAUAGAACUAAAACGCUCACAAUCCCUAAUGGAAGCCCCCCCUGCCUCUGGAAGCCCCCUCCCCCCCGUCAUAAAAGGGUUAAAAACCCUUUCUUUCCUUCACCUGUUUUCAGCGCCAAAGUCCCUGUGUGCUGGAUCUGUCUCUACCUCCUGCUGCGACGUCACUUCGAUGGGGAAACCUAAUGCACGUUCGUCGAGCAUCGCACGUUUAUAAGACCUUUACCAUAGGAAAGCAUUGACGCAUUGAAAUGGGUUGAUACCAUGGUUAACAGUAAAACCAGCUAUAAGUAAACUUGACCUGAAUAGCUCGGUGCACCCUGUAAAUACGUUUCCAGUCAAAAAGUCCAAAUAUGAGUUAAUAAUGAUGAAAGGAUAAGAGGAAACGGAAGAGUGUAGGAAAAGGAGGGAAUAACAGAGAAGGUGAGAUCAGGCAGCGGCCAUUCCUUGAGGGUGAUGUAGGGUCCGUUCACCCAGACACGGUGGACGUUCUCAGAUUUGUCUAGUAGACAAAAGGACCUCUGUUUGUAAAACAUGUUGGAUUUGAUUGUACUUAGAAUUUUGACCAUAGUUGGUUAACAUGCUUGAGCCAAACAUAAUUUAGAUGGGAGGAACUCAGGGAGAUUUGUAGUCUCAAUCCCUUUGGAAACCAAGCAAUGUGUUUGGGUAGUAUAGCUAAGAGAAAGACUUCAAUGUUUUCUGCAACAAAGUGGAGUAAAAGAUGGACCCAAGGCAUGGACUGCCCGCAACCAAUCAGAUCAAGAAUAUGCAGUGAUGGUUCCAUAGGGUCAGAUCUGUGUCUGUGUUCAUAGGAGAGGAAGCACAGUCUAUGUGAGCUGUAUGAUGACACCAUAGGGAGAGCAAUGUAUACUUACAACAAGGUUCAAGUUGUCUUUUAUAGUUAUAAAUGUCAAUGCACGAGAACGUGUUUAGUGAUACAUUUAUUAUCCAGGUUUUUAUUUGCAGCUUUACUUUGUGCAAAUGAACCACUCACCAGCUAUUUUCUGCUAAAAUAACUACCAUCAUUAAGUUCACACAGUAAUAUGUCCAAAUAGUAUAAUUUUGUGGGUAGUAUUUUCCUGUAAUUUAAUAUUUCACUAGUACAUUGGCAAACAUCAGCAAGAGCAACAUUUGAUUUUCAAGGUGGAAGUUAAACAAUGGUUAAGAAUUCUCUUUUAAUUAUAAAGUAUUGUAUAAUUAUACCACCUUCCGCACUUAAUGUCAACAGUAAGCCUUAUAAAUGCAGAUUUAAAGUGAACCUGUUAUGAAAAAAUACUAUUUACCUGAAAUGGCUCCCAUACAUAUUGAAUACACCACAUAUCACAAAGAUACAUAAUGUAUUCAAUGCAAAAUAUAAAGAUACACUCACUUUUCCUCCAUUCCACAGUUUUCUUUACUCCUUCAUUCAUGGUUUAACAUUUAUCAUUUAACAUUCAAAAAAAAAAAAAUACAUGAACUACUGGAACUGUGAAGACGCACAGAAAAUGAUCUUUUUUUGAGGAGUGUCAGAUCUUGGCCAAACACAAUUAAAUUAUAUGGGGGAAUAUGAUUCCUCAAAUGGCUAAUCUCCAAAUGUUACAAAAUUCUCAGUUAAGUGACAAUAUCAGCUGACUGCAUCCUCUGGGGUGCUGUGGGGCACAGAUUGUGUAAGGACCUGAAACAGAUGUUGUGUCUUGUUGCAGAGACUAGCGAGCUACCUCAGAGAUUGUAGGUGAGCAGAGUGUGCAAGGCUGGAGGUGUUAUAGUCGUACAGAACUGUGCAAUGCAUGUCUUGGCUGAUAUAUUGUGUUCCAGCAUAAUAACAUGCGUGUCAGGGCUUGCACACACAGCUCUGCUACAUACAAUAACUCACAAAGACUGGGGCUUGGAAGGGGGUCAGGAAAACAAAGUCGCCCUUAUCUUUUUCUAUUCAAUCUUCACCCGGGACAGUGAUAAUAGUCUCUCAGGGAAACCCUCACACAUUGAGCCAUUGAGAGUGAACAGUGGCCGCAGUGGAAAAUUAAAUAGCUGCUAUUUAAAGGGCUGAGUAAAUAUUCAAGCAGAGCAAAGGCUUAUUGUCAUGGGGAGCCUGGGGUGAAGUGUUUGCAGUUUUAAUUUAGAUCCCUGUAACACAAGGUGUGAUGGAGAAUCAUUAACUCCUUGAAUGCUCUCUGUUGGAGAAGAAAAAAUCUUCCUUCGAGGUAGAAAGUGCCAAUGUCGAGUUCUGGAGUGAGUCCUGUUUCAGGGCUUUUUGGAACUCAUAAAGGAGUGCAGAUUUCCCCUUUUCUGACUAUUUUAGUGAUUUCUGAUGGACUGCACAUCCUCAGGCUCUAAACGGGUUUGAAAAAGGUUAUGCGGCACACCCAUCUGGCACAUACAGAGUCUGCUGACAUUCCUUUACCACCAAAGGAGAUCUUUCUUAAUAGCUGGAUGGUAAUGAAAGGUUUGUACCGGACAGUUCUUUGGUACUGAAAGGGUCUAUAUCGGACUGUCCUCUGGUACUGAAAGGUUUAUAACGGAUGCUCCUCUGGUACUGAAAGGGUUCUGAAAGGGUUUAUACCGGAUGGUCCUCUGGUACUUAAAGGGUCUAUACAGACAGUGCUUUGGUACUGAAAGGAUCUAUAUCGGACUGUUCUUGGGUACUGAAAGGGUUCAUACCGGAUAGUCCUCUGGUACUGAAAGAGUCUAUAUUGGACUGUCCUCUUGUACUGAAAUGGUUUAUACUGGAUGGUCCUCUGUGAUACAUCAUCUGGUACUGAAAGAGUGCCUAUAUGUCACAUUCUCUGGUACUUAAAGGGUUUGCUCCAGAUAGUACUCUGGUACUUAAAGAGUAUGUAGCGGAUAGUCCUCUAGUACUGAAAGAGUAUGUAGCGGAUAGUCCUCUAGUACUGAAAGAUUCUGUAGCGGAUAGUCCUCUAGUACUGAAAGGGUGUUUAUGGGUCAAAUUUUCUGGUACUAAAAGGGUCUGUACCGGUUAGUCCUCUAAUACUGAAAGGUUUUGUACAGGAAAGUCCUCUAGUACUGAAAGGGUUUGUAGCGGAUAGUCCUCUAGUACUGAAAGAGUCUGUAGCGGAUAGUCCUCUAGUACUGAAAGAGUCUGUAGCGGAUAGUCCUCUAGUACUGAAAGGGUUGUAGCGGAUAGUCCUCUAGUACUGAAAGAGUAUGUAGCGGAUAGUCCUCUAGUACUGAAAGAGUCUGUACCGGAUAGUCCUCUAGUACUGAAAGGGUGUCUAUGGGUCAAAUUUUCUGGUACUAAAAGGGUCUGUACUGGAUAGUCCUCUAAUACUGAAAGGUUUUUUACAGGAAAGUCCUCUAGUACUGAAAGGGUUUGUAGCCGAUAGUCCUCUAGUACUGAAACAGUCUGUAGCGGAUAGUCCUCUAGUACUGAAAGAGUAUGUAGCGGAUAGUCCUCUAGUACUGAAAGAGUCUGUAGCGGAUAGUCCUCUAGUACUGAAAGAGUAUGUAGCGGAUAGUCCUCUAGUACUGAAAGAGUCUGUAGCAGAUAGUCCUCUAGUACUGAAAGAGUCUGUAGCGGAUAGUCCUCUAGUACUGAAAGAGUAUGUAGCGGAUAAUCCUCUAGUACUGAAAGGGUCUGUACCGGAUAGUCCUCUAGUACUGAAAGAGUCUGUAGCGGAUAGUCCUCUAGUACUGAAAGGGUUGUAGCGGAUAGUCCUCUAGUACUGAAAGAGUAUGUAGCGGAUAGUCCUCUAGUACUGAAAGAGUCUGUACCGGAUAGUCCUCUAGUACUGAAAGGGUGUCUAUGGGUCAAAUUUUCUGGUACUAAAAGGGUCUGUACUGGAUAGUCCUCUAAUACUGAAAGGUUUUGUACAGGAAAGUCCUCUAGUACUGAAAGGGUUUGUAGCCGAUAGUCCUCUAGUACUGAAACAGUCUGUAGCGGAUAGUCCUCUAGUACUGAAAGAGUCUGUAGCGGAUAGUCCUCUAGUACUGAAAGAGUAUGUAGCGGAUAGUCCUCUAGUACUGAGAGUCUGUAGCAGAUAGUCCUCUAGUACUGAAAGAGUCUGUAGAGGAUAGUCCUCUAGUACUGAAAGAGUAUGUAGCGGAUAAUCCUCUAGUACUGAAAGGGUCUGUACCGGAUAGUCCUCUAGUACUGAAAGAGUAUGUAGCGGAUAGUCCUCUAGUACUGAAAGAGUCUGUAGCGGAUAGUCCUCUAGUACUGAAAGAGUCUGUAGUGGAUAGUCCUCUAGUACUGAAAGAGUCUGUAGCGGAUAGUCCUCUAGUACUGAAAGAGUCUGUAGCGGAUAGUCCUCUAGUACUGAAAGGGUAUGUAGCGGAUAGUCCUCUAGUACUGAAAGAGUCUGUAGCGGAUAGUCCUCUAGUACUGGAAGAGUCUGUAGCGGAUAGUCCUCUAGUACUGAAAGGGUAUGUAGCGGAUAGUCCUCUAGUACUGAAAGAGUCUGUAGCGGAUAGUCCUCUAGUACUGAAAGAGUAUGUAGCGGAUAGUCCUCUAGUACUGAAAGGGUCUGUAGCGGAUAGUCCUCUAGUACUGAAAGGGUCUGUAGUGGAUAGUCCUCUAGUACUGAAAGAGUAAGUAGCGGAUAGUCCUCUAGUACUGAAAGGGUCUGUAGCGGAUAGUCCUCCAGUACUGAAAGGGUCUGUAGCGGAUAGUCCUCUAGUACUGAAAGAGUAAGUAGCGGAUAGUCCUCUAGUACUGAAAGGGUCUGUAGCAGAUAGUCCUCCAGUACUGAAAGGGUCUGUAGUGGAUAGUCCUCUAGUACUGAAAGGGUCUGUAGCGGAUAGUCCUCUAGUACUGAAAGGGUCUGUAGCGGAUAGUCCUCUAGUACUGAAAGAGUAAGUAGCGGAUAGUCCUCUAGUACUGAAAGGGUCUGUAGCGGAUAGUCCUCCAGUACUGAAAGGGUCUGUAGUGGAUAGUCCUCUAGUACUGAAAGAGUCUGUAGCGGAUAGUCCUCUAGUACUGAAAGAGUGUGUAGCGGAUAGUCCUCUAGUACUGAAAGGGUCCGUACCGGAUAGUCCUCUAGUACUGAAAGGGUCUGUACCGGAUAGUCCUCUAGUACUGAAAAGGUCUGUACCAGAUAUUCCUCUAGUUCUGAAAAGGUCUGGAGCGGAUAGUCCUCUAGUACUGAAAAGGUCUAUACGUGUGAUUUACCGUGGCUCUGUGAAUUGAAAGUACGAGGCAGGGACUUUUGUGUUUGGCCAAUGAAGAACUUAUCACCUGUAAUCAGGAAACAGAUUCCUGGAGUAAACAAACCAUGUAACAGUGAACUAUAAGGUGCGGCCUGUAAAUACUUCAAGGGCCAUUUAAAAAACAAUAGACAUUCUGCUUCAUCUCCCUCUGGUAGCCCUGAAUUCUGUGGAGAAUUUGCCGAGGCUGCAUAUCUAAUAUCUGGGGCAGGGGUCAGCAACCUACAGCACGUGUGCCAUGCACGGCACUCUAGGUGUUUUUAAACGGCAAUCAAGGCUGCCAGAGCUAAACUGGAACUGGCCCAUCAGGAUUCCUUAGUACAAACUGAGUGGUUAGGGGCAAUCCUCAGUUUACGCUUUUCAGCACUUAUAGGAAGUAACCUCAGAUCACUUUAUCCCAGUACUUGUGAAUGGGAUUAGAGCAGCCCACAGAACCUACUGCAGCCCGGACCCCACUGGAUCGCAGGGAAACCACCCACACUGCUAGAUAUACACUGAGCUUCCGAAUAAGUCUCCCCCUCAUACAAAUAAUACAAACAGCCCCCACACACAAACACAUCCCCACAACACACUGACAAUCGACAUACGUGCACACAGCCCCAACAAGCAGCCUGUCACAUACAGUACCCUAACAUAUUACACAAGCAACCCCCAUACACAGCCCACUUUUACAGGGAUCAUAUACAAUACCACAAACUACUCGUGUAAGAAUACUUUAAUAUAUAACAGCUCACACAUGCACAAGUACAACGCUACAAAGCACCCAUGAAUAAAACAAGCAAAAUACGGCAACAUAUCACACACGUCAGUUGUAAGACAGAGGAUCGGCACGCCGAGAGACUUCAAAAUCUUAUUUUGGCACAGUUACUACUGAAAGGUUGCCUAUCCCUGAUCUAGGGAAACAAAGAUAGUAAAAGCUCAUGUGGAAGUGCUAAAAUGGCUGACUUACUGAGAGGGUAGUGGAUGCAAGGAAUAGCCUUCCAGCUGAAGUGGUAGAGGUUAACACAGUAAAGGAGUUUAAGCAUGCGUGGGAUAGGCAUAAGGCUAUCCUAACUAUAAGAUAAGGCCAGGGACUAAUGAAAGUAUUUAGAAAAUUGGGCAGACUAGAUGGGCUGAAUGGUUCUUAUCUGCCGUCACACGUUUCUAUGAUUCAAUGAUGGAGCCACAUUUUUCCAUAUCAUGUUAUCCUGGUGUAGGUUGUCUUGUCUGCCAUUGGAGAGUUUACCUGUCAGGGUUGGUCAAUUCUCAAAAACUAUCUUGUAGUGCAAAAAGCUGUGUGUGUUGAGGGACGCAGCCCGCGGACAUGGUGUUGAUUGUUUGUGGGGGAUGCGCUGUCAUUCACUGAGCUUGCCAUUUUUGUAGUUGUUUUUAUUCAGUAAGCUGUGACCUGUCAGAAAAUUUACUUUAAACAUCAAUUUCAGAAUGUUAGGCCACAAUAGUUAAAUCUGAAAAAUUCUCCAAGCCAGCUAUGCUCUGGUUUGACUACUUUGGCCUAAAACGUGAAAUUCAUUGUGAAUUUCCCCUUUUUCCCCCCAACAAUUCACAGUUUAGUGAAUAACUUUAAAAGUCAGUUAUGUUCCCAGUUUAUAUAUAUAUAUAACAAUAUACUACUUAUGGUAAAGGUAAUAGUUUAAGUAGUAGCUUAUGUUUUCUGACUAAAAAAACAAAACAGCCAUAUUUGGAUAUGCAUUUUUAAGAUUCUGUUUGCAAUAAAUGUUUUCCGUUCAUUCAUACCUGGAAGCGUAAUAAUAAUAACUCACAAUUAUUCCUGGAACUUGAAGAGUUCCUUUGGAUCCAUGCUGCCCUGUGGUGGCAAUAAUAAUUCAGCCCACAGUUGGGGAGAUGUUAAAUUGCUUGUUUUUAAUAAUAACCCUAUUUAUACUAUUUUCCAUGAAGUUUUAGAGAUGGUAAUGUGAGACACUGCGUUGCUCAGUACUAUUCUCUUGCAGGGUUAUUUACUACACCCCAAAUAUUACUAAAUUUAAUCUCAAUUUUAAAAUUUAGGCUGAUAUAAAGGAACACCAGUUUUAAAUCCAUUGGCCAAUUGCCGUACUCAGCUUUUUUUAAAGCAGUCUGAGGCUUGAUUCAGGAAGCCUAGGACUGGGACCGGCUGAUAGGAUGAUUGUGUCGGUAUCCCUCUAUUCACAAAACAGAGUGAGGAAAAUACAUACGUUUCUCAAACUGUUUUAUGAAUGGCGAGCUGCUGAUUGGCUGAGUCAUCCUCCCAGUUCUAGAUUCAAUUCGGACUGCAGCAUACCUAGCUGCGUAGAGCAAUCAGGCAAGGCAAUUUUUUAAAGUGAGCCAUUGAGGUAAGCUAGCACCUGGGGUCUUCCUCGCAACAUCAUUCCGAUGCAAUUUUAAUCGUGUCUGGAGUGUCCUUUUAAAUCCACUAUUUUAACCUCAGUUUUGCAAUAUAAUGUAAUUUUCCUAAAAUUUGGAUAAUUUUCCUAAAAUUUGGUUAAUUUCUACAGCCGCUAGCGACAGCUGUAGAAAUUAACGAACCUGGACUGCAGAAGCUCCACCUUGUGUCAAAUUUCAUCAUCUUUGGGUUUUACGUAAAACAAAGUAAUCCUUACUUAGAUUAAUGAGAUCUUAUGACUUGGUUGGAAUUUCAAUGAAAUUCCAGUGCAGUCAAUGUGAGCAUUUCACAAAGAUUCUGUAUUUACAAACUACUGACAUAUUUAUUCACCGUAUUAUGAACUGCUGACAAUUCAAAGUGAAUUCAAAGUAAAAUUUAAUUGUAAGAUCACAAUGGCCAAUAUUAAAACAGCAUUGUUUUGGCGAAUGUUUCUAAUUCGACUAUUUUAGAUUCAUUCUUACAGGGUUAUUCACUGAUGUGAGAAUUUAAAGUAAAUUUUAUUUUUUUUUAGUCUAUCCGGCACUCCAAUGCAAUGUGUACUGAACUGGAUUGUGAUGUAGAUUGCUAAAUAUUUAAUAUAUGAUUAAAAGUACACAGAGCAUCACAUGAAAAACUUAACACAACUUUUAGGUGAUUUUGAACGCUUUAUUCAAUGAUGUCAUUUCCACAGGAGUGGAAGAAUUUCCCAAUUCUGCUACCGCCUAAAACUUAACUUUUUUGGUCAAUUCUCAAAAACUAUCUUGUAGUGCAAAAAGCUGUGUGCGUUGAGGGACGCAGCCCGCGGACAUGGUGUUGAUUGUUUGUGGGGGAUGCGCUGUCAUUCACUGAGCUGGCCAUUUUUGUAGUUGUUUUCUUAUCGUCACCUUAUAUCUUCAGCGACUGACAUGUUAAAGAUAGUAGACAAAAGCCACCUAGUCUUGUGUAAUUUAUAAAUAAGAUUGUGUAAUCAGUAAAAAGAUAACAUGUAAUGUUAACAUGACAGAUACACCUAAGGGUAUAGGAAAGUUAACUCACUGACAUUUAAGUAAUGUUUUAAUAACAUUAUAGACAAUCUGGGAACCUAGACAGCAACUUUAUCCAUAAUAUGUAAACUAAUAAUAAAGAUUCAUCAAAACUUUGCAUAAAAUAUAACAGGGGAUCUAAUCACUGAACAGCAAGUUUUGGUGAAAAGUUACAUAUUUGGACAGAAGGCCCGACCUCUCCAUUCAGCCUCUGUCCUACCCUCCGUCCGUUGUGCCUGACACCUAACAUCUCUUCCCCUCUGGCGAAGGGGAGUUAAAUCAGCCAAGGUGUAUUAAGCUAAGAGAGAACGUCUCCUCCAUGAGGGAUAAGGAGAUAUAUUUAUAAGCUUUUUUUUUUCAAUUUUUUUUGGGUGGGCAGACCAGCACAGAAGGGGAUAAUUCAACCAAAACCAGUGUUUUAUGAAAACACAGUUUUUUAAAUUGGAGUAACCCUUUAAGUCACCAUAAUAGAUUUGUGAAAUUACACAAUUUUAUUGUAUGUUUAAUCCUUCAAGGUAAACAUUGCAGUUUCUAAAAUCCUGCAGUUUUACAUCUGUGAAUUGUGAGGUCUGGAUCAGGGUUAUGUCAUGCUAUGUGAUGUACCCUGUAUGUAAAAAUAGCCAAACUAUUUUGGGAAUCUUUGACAAUAAUGGGGUAGAUCAAUUUGGAAAAGGACAGACGCUGACAGAAAUUGCGCUCUAAAUGAUCAGCUGCUAAAUAUUGCAAAACCGUCUGUGUUACUUCCUGUCUGUAAUUGUUACAGACAGAAACGUCUCAUUUUUUUUAUUGAUCUAUGUCUAACAGAAUAGAAUCAGUUAACACAAUGCUUAAAUUACAUUUAAUUGCCUGAUUGAGGCUAGUUCCGCUUUAAAUUGUAACUGGAACUGAAUAUGUCUAUACUUCCCAACAUUCCUGAGUUUCCAGUGACAGUCAUUAAUACUGUAUUGCUACUUGCCUGGUCUUUGUAUUUAUUAAACAUGUGUAAGCUGGGAAUGAAUCAGUAUAGACAGGUUUCUCAGUUUCCCAGAAAUAAGACACUGUGUUGCUCAUCACAUUUCCUCAAAUAGUGACUUCCUGGGAUUUGUAACAAUGUAUUUACAUGUACUUAAACAGAUACUAUAGUGUAGGAAUUUGUAUUGCUAACACUAUAGAUGCCCCCUCCCUCGCACUUCCUCCCCUGGCAACUAAAGGGGUAACAAUUUUUAGUCACUUACCAGAUUCCAGCGCCGAUGACUUUCGGCACUUGGUCGGCGCUCUGCUUCCUCUAACGCCAUCCGACAUGGCGGUUUAUGCACAUACGUAGUGAGUGCAAAGGGCUCUCCCAAUAGGAAAGCCGUGCUUCAAUGCUUUCCUAUGGAACGUAUGCAGAACGUGAGGACGUCCAGGGUCUGUUAGCAACCAGGAAGUGCCUAUAGUGGUUGUCUGAUUGACAGCCACUAUAGGCAGUCUUAGUCUUGCAAUGUAAUUAUUUCUCAGGACUAAUUAGGACAGUGACACUACACCCAGACCAAUUCAAUGAAGUGGUCUGGGUGCCCAACGUGUCCCUUUAACAUUUAACUUUAUCCUUUAGCUAGGAACCAUCUUUGCUCCCUGUCAAUCAUUGUUCUAAGCUCUGCCCUUUGCACCUUCCUUGCAGCCAGCUUACAGAAAAGAGGAGAAAUUAAACCUGGUUUCUAUAUUCAUUUGCAUAGUUGGCCCUGACUUUUCCUUGUCUGAACAAGAUUGUGAUGUCAUUUGCCAAAUCUUUAAUGUAAAAUUAAAAGAAAACAAAGCAUCUUUCGAUAUAAAUGGUAACAAGUUCUAGGUGUUUUUCAAUGUUUUAUUAAUUUGUGAAAAUUCCAGCAGAGUGACUGUAGGGGAAUUUUACAUAGUUUGCUGCUCAUGCCCGCAUAUCUGGGGUUUAUUCACUAAAGGCCAAAUCUAGUGACAUGUGCCAAGUUUGACAGGUGUGAAAUCAGGAGAGGAAUAAGUUUGGGUGCUUUAUACAGCAAUCCACAUGAUGCUGAGUGUCAGAACCGCUAUGUUAGGUGCUUGUGAGGACUGUGCACAACGUGUGUGUCUCACAAAUAGAGUGUGUGUAUUGACGAAUCUGUAGAGGAAUGGAAACCAAGUUACAAAAUUUAGAUUAAAAUAACCUUUAACGGAAACUCCAGUACCACUGACUUUUAGAGAGGCUUGAAGGCCAGACUGCUGCCCACAGUCUAUUGGCCUGGUCCCAAGAGUCCCUAAAAAGGGGCUAUUGUCACCAUGGGGAGGAGUAUGGGGCUUACUGUGUUUCCACUCUGGACUUGAGAACCUCUGGUGAUCUGAGGACCACAUCGAAUGCCGGGCCAGGAGAUACCCUGAAACACUCUGGAACUGUUCCUCAUAUCGGGACUGAGCCAAGGUUCGGUUAAUCUUUAGGUGGUAUCACUCGGUCCCCAGACCUCCAAACAGAGUGCUAUUUGGAGGUGAGAUCAGGGGAAGAGGGGGCAAGAAGCCAUUGGAAGAUACCUGAGGCUUGAGAGCUCUCCCUUCCCCAGAGAUCUUGGAACUCCUCACCGGAUCCGGUAAAAUGUUAUCACGCUGUGACUUAUUUUCCGAUAAGAGUGCUAUUUGUACAGUGACACGCUUUCCAGGGUUAUAUAUUGUGUGGGGGUACAGUCCAGGGAAAGUGGGGUACAGUCCAGGGAGUUCUGGUGCACGUUUUGUGAGCUGCGCCUCUUAUAUUUUGUGAAUUAUUAUUAUUAUUGACAUUUAUAUAGCGCUAACAGAUUCCGUAGCGCUUUACAAUAUUAUUAGAGGAGGGAUUUAACUAUAAAUAGGACAAUUGAAUAAACCCUUUUAGAAGUUAUGGUAUUACUGGUGCAAGAUAUAAUGCGUCUGUAAACAUGCUCAAAUGCUGCCAAAAUAGCUAAUUUGGGGGAGAUGUGCUCAGAUGUAUUAUUAAGGAUGCCUCAAAAUUGAUCAAAUGGCAAAAAAUAACGCUAAAUCCAAACCCAUGUUUUAAUAACCAGUGACACAUUUUAACAAGGCAUAACAUUUAAAUAUAAUAAACUAAUGUUACAUUUUCCAUUGGGUAUUUAGUCAUCUGAAUGUGAAUAAACAGGUACACAUUUUCUGCAUCAGUGAAGGGGUUAACUAACACACAACAUCCCUGUCGACAUAAUCAAAUGGCGAUUGAUCUCAAGCCCAAACCAGCGGGACUUUGCUUAGGAAAAUCACACACUUUCCAGGAAGAGGCACAAUUUUGUCAAACAAAAAAAACCAAAUAGGUUAUAACAGAGGUGUCCAUUCUGUGGAAUGCAGAAGGUUGUGCGAGAGCUUUUUAAAAUGUGUUGCAAUUGCUGACACACACAGAGCCCUGAAGCAGUGACAUCUUUACACUUUAGGGUUCAAUUGAGUAGAGCAUUGCACAUUUUAUGCAAUAUAGGUAAGCUGAAAAAAUAGUUAUGUUUCCCUCCCCCGAUUUUAGUUAUUUUGGUCGAAAAUAACUCCUUUGUCAGCUCUGCACAAUAUCCAAUUAAUGGAAAAAAAAAACCUUUGUAACAGAUAUUUAUUAAUAAAACGAGUGUAAAAGAACAUUAGGGGGUCAACUACAACUCUUACCUCUUACAACCAGUAACCCUUUAAGUGCCACGCAAUGUGUUUCUCAUAACUCUGGGCCACAAUGGGCUAAAGCUGUCUUCCAGCCUUUUAUAUUCAUAUUUGGUAUUCUUGGACAAUUGUCUCUUUCAUUCCUUUAAUAUUAAAACUGUAUUUUCAUGUAGGGUUGGUGUAGUUAAUGGUUAAGGACCGACUAGAUAAAAGGAACACUCCAAGCACCAUUACCACUACAGUAGUGUCCCUGUGUUCAAACCCCAAUGUAAAUAGUCAAACCAUCUAGUAACAUUAUGACUUCCUACCUGGGCUCUGGUGGGUGCCCCUGAAGGUAGGGAGAGAUACCUGGCGAACCGAUGGCAGGAAGUCAAAACAUUUCCAAAAGGCUUGACUACUUACAUUGGAAGGGGAGGUACCAGAUCACUCCUGGAACCAUAACCACCAUAGCACACUGUAGUUGUUAUGGGGCUUGGACUGUUCCUUCAGCACAGGAUGUUUCUAAAACCAAAUGAUAUGAUGUUAUGAAUUUCUGCGAUUAAAUCUACCAUGUCAGUUUUACAUUACUAUAUUAAACAUUCCCGGAAGCUUAGCAAAGAUACAGAACCAUAUUUUGCAUUAUUAAAGGAACAUACUGCAAUUUAACUUUAAUAGUAGUUUUUGGCCUCAUAUUUAUGCAGUUUUUUUUAGUUUUCUGCGUCAAAAAUCCACCCCAAGCCAUACCACACCUUUUCACAAAACAUCUGCAUCGUGUGAGCAUGCCUACUGCAUUGUGGGAGAGUGCCCAUCAAUGCUCUCCCUGGGGUCUUGCACGUGGGGAUGCUAAAUGUCUGUAAACAGUGUAGGACGACCAAGAACACCUCUUGAACAGGAUCCCGAAUUUGAGAGAGCCCCAGUGGGGCUAACCAUUUCAUCCCAGAUUUUUCCAAACUACAGUUACUUGCGAACUCAGCCAGUCGUAAAUGUCAAAAUGACAAAAUGUCAACUGUCAAUUGUUUUUUUUUAUUAUUUAAAAUAAAUAAAAAUUAUUUAGGUCUCUUUUUAUUAUAUGCUCUGUAUUGUGUAUUAAUUUGUUAAAGUAAAUCCCUGUUUUGGGUUGAUCUCAUGGCUCACUUUAAUUCUUUGGAGAUUAUAACUCUCGCCAUUAUAACUCUUCUUUGUUCAGAAGACCAAUUUAUCUGACCAAAAUCCCUGCAGGUAAUUAGGGCCUACUGUGCCUUAACGAACCAUAAUAUCGUGUGUGAUUGCCUAUCAUCUCACCAAUGUGCUCUGGGACCCUUCCAGAAAUUCAAAUUGUGAGUGGGCUUAGUAGUUAUAUGGUGUUUCUGCUGUCCUGCUGAGUGACGUGCAUCCAGCGUCUUGAUGACGAUCCCGUCCGACAUUCAUGGGAAGGAACUCUGUGUAUAUAAAUAUGUGCAGAAUUGACAUUAGCCAGCAUGGAUUGUUGAUUAAAUACCACAGUUUUUUUCCCAGUUCCCAUUCUAUGUUUUAAGUGACUUAGUGUAUAACGUAUAGCAUUAAAUUCACACCAAAUCUCAAAAUUCAACAUCGGAAUUUGAUUAAAAAAAUUAAAAUUCACCAAAGUCAAUUCAUGAUGCAAACUUGAGUCAUGUGAUUAUUUAUCGACAGUUGAUUUGCAGCAAAUUAUGAUUUUGCUAAAACAGUAAAAAUGUAUUAUUUUAGUAAAUUAUCUCUGUACAUUGUGUUAGAACAGCUUAUCUCUAUCUGGAAAAUGAAAACUGGUUCUGUUGGUUCCCUUAAUAUGUGACGUAAAAUUUAGGGUGGAAGAACUUAUUGUUUCAAUAUCCUUGGGUGCUGAUAAAUAAAUACACUGGGUUAUUCAAUAACGUGAGCAUUCAAAAUGAAUCUCAAAUUCAAGGGCAAAGAAGCCAAACUAGAAGAAUAUCCGACUUGAAUUUGUAAUUUACUCUGAAUUCACUUAGAAUUUUCAGAUUAGUAAAUAACCCUUAUAGUGUUACUCAUAGAAACGUCUGAUGGGGCCAACAUUAUUCCAUCCUAAAUUCAAUAAAUCUCAUAAAUCUCUAAUUUUGGCUUUAUCGGGUGGAAAUAACAUUUGUAGGUAUGGGUUAAUGUGGCCACGAUUUAGGACAUAAUGUUCAGCUACAACUCUUGCAUCUCAUGUUCAGCUACAUGUAAUGACUAUGGCUUGUACUACUCAACAUUUCCUUUUGGGAAGGUUAUAUUCAUUAUGAAUAGGCUCUGUGUCCCAAGUUCCACCAUCAAUAAAAUGAUAUUACAGGCAGCCUUAAGUAACCCGGUUGCUUCACAUGGCCACUUUCAGUAGGAUUUUGUUCUCAAGAAUUGUUUGUUUAAAACUUAACAUAUUGAUUGCUAGAAAAAAUGAUUUAUUAAUUCAUGUUGUAUUCAAAAAGUGUAUAUAUAUAUACAUUGUAUUUCAAUACUCUGGCUGUAGUCUGAUAUAAAAGCACUGCACUCAGGAAGCUCCUUUUACAUAUUUUAUUAAAGGUAUCCUGCUGUAGUCUGAUUUUACAGCAAAUUGAUUGCUCCCAAUAACUAUAUAUGAUUUAUUUUAUAUAGAGGUGUAUUUACAAUAUAAUUGUCCUUUAGGGUGAUUUAAUACCUGUGCCGUAACCAUUUUCUUAUAUUUUAUGUUGCAGAGCAAGUCAUGGAGGAAAAUCAAGAAUAUGGUGCACUGGUCGCCGUUUGUCAUGUCUUUCAAGAAAAAGUACCCCUGGAUCCAGCUGGCAGGACAUGCAGGUACUGGGUAACACAGUUAUAGCAUCUUACCAUAAUAUAACAUACUACCAUCUGUACUGACACUUCAUACCAUAAUAUACCAUUUUACCAUCUGUACCGACACUUCAUACCAUAAUAUACCAUAUUACCAUCUGUACCGACACUCAUUACCAUAAUAUACCAUAUUUCCAUCUGUACUGACACUCCUUACCAUAAUAUGCCAUACUACCAUCUGUACCGACACUCCUUACCACAAUAUGACAUACCAUCUUGUCAUGGUACUGUGGCAUUCUGUGCCAUGAUAACCAUGGUACUGUGGCAUUCUGUGCCAUGAUACCCAUGAUACUGUGGCAUUCUGUGCAGGGCCGGACUGGGAAUGAAAAGCAGCCCUGGAAAAAAAUUCCAUACCAGCCCCGUAAUGCAUCGUGCCAGCAUAGUGCGCAGAUAUGGAAGCGGGAAAAAAAAUUAAAACUAGCACUCAAACAUGAAAUAAAGCACUUAUAGGGCUUCAAAAUAAAGCAGAGCAGAUUUAUUGUAAGCAGACGCAGACGUGCAUUUGUGUGUGUGUGUGGAGAGAGUGCCGUUUGUGUGUGGAGGGGUUCUGUGUGUGUGUGGAGGGGUUCUGUGUGUGCGUGGAGGGGUUCUGUGUGAGCGUGGAGGGGUUCUGUGAGCGUGGAGGGGUUCUGUGAGCGUGGAGGGGUUCUUUGUGCGUGGAGGGGUUCUGUGUGCGUGAAGGGGUUCUGUGUGUGUGUGGAGGGGUUCUGUGUGCGUGAGGGUUCGUGGAGGGUUCUGUGGGGUGGAGGGGCCUGGUGGGGGAGGGGUGCUGGGGAGGGGUGCUGUUGGUGGGGAGGGUGCUGCUGGGGGGAGGGGUGCUGAUGGGGAGCUGUGGUGGGGGAGGGGGUGCUGCUGGAUGGGGGAGCUGUUGGUGGGGGAGGGGGUGCUGUUGGUGGGGGGGAGGGGCUGUUGGUGGGGGAGGGGGGUGCUGUUGGUGGGGGGAGGGGAGGUGGUGGGGGUGCUGUUGGUGGGGAGGGGCUGUUUGUGGGGAGAGGGGUGCUGUUGAGGGGAGGGUGUUGGUGGGGGGGGGGCUGUUGGUGGGGGUGAUGGGGAGCUGCUGGUGGGGGAGGGGUGCUGUUGGUGGGGGGGAGGGGUGCAGUGUGUGUAUGGGCAUCGAUAUAUAUUUAAAAAAACUUCAUUUUACCCCCCUCCCACCUUACCUUUGGUCAGGGGAGAGGGGGAACGGCUACUCUUCGAUCCCUGGUGGUCCAGUGGUGGCGCGUGCUGUUCAGCCUGCAGCUCCUCUGGCUGCAGGCUGACUUCGCUCUCCUCCCGCGAGAGCAGCAGGCAGGUCGGAGCGUUGCCAUGGUAACGCACGGCAACGCUCCAACCUGCCUGCUCACGGGAGGAGCGUUCUCUCUUGCAGUUUCCUGUCAGACCGGGUAGGGGAACUGCGGUCUGCCUGCUCGGCCACGCUCCAUUCUGUGACCGGCAGGAGGGGAGCGUAUCCCCUCCUGCCGGUCACCCUGUAAUUGCAGCCCGGGCUGGUGCACACUAGACGGCCGCGCACCGGCCCCCUAGUGUGCCGGCCCACCGGGAAAUUUCCCGGUAUCCCGGUGGGCCAGUCCGGCCCUGAUUCUGUGCCAUGGUACCCAUGGUACUGUGGCAUUCUGUGCCAUGAUAACCAUGGUACUGUGGCAUUCUGUGCCAUGAUACCCAUGAUACUGUGGCAUUCUGUGCCAUGAUACCCAUGGUACUGUAGCAUUCUGUGCCAUGAUAACCAUGGUACUGUGGCAUUCUGUUCUCAAAACAACAGCACAUGGAGAGACAAAAUAGUAUAAGAACAGCCAGGUGCAAACCAUAUAAACACUCCCUCAAGUGCUUUAAAUAUUCAAAUGUAUAUAGAAUAUAGAAUGCACACUAUAACAAUCUCAAAAAAAACUUUGCUUUAUUAUGUACAAAAAAGUACCAGAGUGAAAACAUAUAAAAAAAAGAUAAACAAAGUGACAGAAGCAAGGGCAAACACAAUAAAACAAUAGUAAAUUACCACAAAAAUUCUUACAAGCCCCCAGACAGAAACACGAGUCGUGUGGCAUUCUGUGCCAUGAUACCCAUGAUACUGUAGCAUUCUGUGCCAUGAUAACCAUGAUACUGUGGCGUUCUGUGCCAUGAUAACCAUGGUACUGUGGCAUUCUGUGCCAUGAUACCCAUGAUACUGUGGCAUUCUGUGCCAUGGUACCCAUGGUACUGUGGCAUUCUGUGCCAUGAUAACCAUGAUACUGUGGCAUUCUGUGCCAUGAUAACCAUGGUACUGUGGCAUUCUGUGCCAUGAUACCCAUGAUACUGUAGCAUUCUGUGCCAUGAUACCUAGUAGUGCUAUAUGCACUGUUUUUAUUGCUCUGUUAUCUAUUGCUUGAUACACAGAAGGGCUUGAUGUUAACAUGUGGACUGCAGUGUGUGCUGAAAAGCUGACUACUGCUGACACAAUGCACAUCUAAGCAGUAUGAAAUACAAUAAACAGGGCUGUGAUUGCUGAUAAUUAUAUGUUUUCAAAAGUCUGUUUUUUUGGGGGGAAUUUCAGGAAGUUUCAAGCCUGCAGCCAAUGGGAAGAUCCUGAAGAAGCACUGUGACUGUGAGCAGCGCUGUCUGAGUCUGCUGAUGGAAGAUGUGCUCAGGCCUUACGUUCCAGCCUAUCACGGAGAUGUCCUGAAAGACGGGGAGAAGUACAACCAAAUGGACGACCUGCUCUCUGAAUUCGAUAGUCCUUGUGUCAUGGACUGCAAAAUGGGGGUUCGGUAAGUUGGGUCAAGUUAAAAUGAAUUAUGAUAGAUUGGAGAUUGCUUUCCUUGACACUCUACCGUUUUGUGGACUACAUUAGUGGACACUGAUACACGCACAUACAAUAAACACUCAGACUAACGCAUAUACUAAAUUUAAAUGUAGGAUAUAAUCCAGGCACUCCAAGGUAUUCCAACAGAUUGCCAAAGGCCCUAAGUGGUCGAAACUUUGUUUUUUGGUGCUUGGGUCCAAUAAAAUUGCCUAUCUGUUGGAAUACCUUGGAGUGCCUGGAUUAUUUUCUACAUUUAAAUCUGAUAUUUGGUCCCUUUGGUACUGGGGCUUAUCCAGCUUCUAUUGCACCCAGGUUUCCAGGACGAGUGUUUGAGUGCAUUUCAAUUACGUGUACAUGGAUAACGCAUAUAAUAAGGCACUGAUACACUCACAUAUUAUGAUUUGGGGCACACAUACACACUAAGAUAUACUGACAUUCACAUACACGUUAUCAUUAAAACAUGGCUACAUUUUUUGUGUGUAAUUGCAUUUACAUAAAUAGUUUUUGUUAAAUUAAAACAAACAGUGUCCCUAAAAAAAACCCAACUGCAACAAAAAGCAUUUUGUUUUCAUAAAGGAUACUUCAGUGUUUGGUGCACAACAUUUAAACAUGACCAAAAAAUGCACGGCUCAUACGACAUGACUAGGACAAUAUUCAAGGUUUUUAAUAAAAAAUAAAAAAAGAUAGAAAUUACAGAUGAAACUCUGACUUUGCAUAUGUAACUGGCUGUCACGAUGGACCAAUUGUCAUUUAUCCUCUGUUAUAGCUAUGUUUCCAACGUUACCAAUGUUAACGUAGAUUUUCGAAUGCAUAAGAAGUAACUCUAGCAGGAGGUCUGAAGGAAGGACAGGGUGUGUGAUUCAUUGUGCAUAUAUUUUGGGCAUUUUUAAAAACUCCGCAGUAAGAUUUGAAGGGCUGUUGACAGUGGAAAAUCUAACGGCGAUCCAUUUAGCACAUAACAAUAGAGAGUGCGUAAUUGUACUAAAUAGGGAAAGAGUUUCCCUCAACCAAACAGGAAGAGGACUUGGGGGUAUUUGCAGAUAAACAGCUGGACAGGAAUAACAGAUGUGGUCAGUGGAAUUUGUUAGAACACAGAGUAGCUCAAGGUCCCUGUAACUGUCUGAGCCAGGGGAAUUGCUGCAAUUCCUUUUAAUUGUCCAAUUAAAGAUUGAAGGAACUUUCUGCACCCUGAUCCUCAAAUAUCUAAAGCAGGAUCAAAAAUAGCAGGCUUUGAUGUUAAUACAAAUGAUAACCAGGUAAAAUAAUAUGCCAUGGCAAAUUCAUGUAUAGGUGUAAGAGUUGUUAGACCUGCUCAUCUGAGUGCUACAAGACCCUUUUAUAUUAAAGGCAGCGAGCAAUGGAGAGUUAGGAGAAAAACAGCUAAGAGACUCAUUCAAAGUAAAAAUAGGUGAUAAAAAAGUUAUACCUAGAUUUAACCUGUAGUUUUUUACUUGGCUUUGGAUUAGCGGCUGCUAGUAACUGCUUAAUUGCUUUCCUUUUAUAUUUAUUUUUUAGCUUUAUUUCUUAUAUUCCUAUAUUUUUUCACGGGUUAUCUAUAUGAUGCAUUGUAAACGCGUUUCACUUUCAUCAUAUAAAGUCCAUUUAAUAAAUCAGUCACUUAAUUUCAUAAGAGCCCAAAGUGACCUCUGGUGUUUAUCUUACCAGAACCUGCACCACUAUAGCCACCAAUAUUGAAUUUAAGGGGCACUGUAGGAAUUGUGACGGCUUCAUCUCAUUGAAAUAGUUAUAAUGUCUGGAGUCCUCUGGCACUGUUCUUCCUAUAAGCAUUAAACUGGUUUUAAUGCUAAACAAGAGUUCCCAGCAGUCCAUCCCUUUUGUGAUGCUUGGUAUAAUGAGGAAUUGUUAUCCUGAGCAGCAAAGGCUGGCUGUUAUUGGCUGAGAGUGUCAGCUGACUGCAUUCAGCCUAUCACACUGCGCAUUGCUGGUACGAAUUGUUACAGCUAGAAGAAGGUGUGUAAUCUUUGCUUUAGCCUCACCUCCAGUGGGCCGGGCUGUGGUAAGCCAGGAAUCCUCAUUCAGUGUUAAGCUGCUUGAAAACAGCUUAACGCUGAAUGGAGGGACAGUACCAGGGAACUCCAGGCACUAUAACCAAUUCAAUUAGAUGAAAUAGUUAUAGUGCCUACUGGGUCCCUUUAAGGUGUUUUGGUAAGCUAGAGACCACAGGGGAUACUUGCAUGACCAGAACUACAGUCUGACAACAUAUGCUACAAAAAUGUUAGUCAUUCUUCAUAUAUUUUGUGAGCACUUUUUAGUAUUUACUAUUUUCAUUUAAUUUUGGUUUUAUUAUUAUUAUGCACAGGACUUAUUUAGAAGAAGAGCUCACAAAGGCCAGAAAGAAGCCCAGCCUCAGAAAGGACAUGUACCUUAAGAUGAUUGAUGUCGACCCGGAGGCCCCAACAGACGAAGAGAACCAGCAGCGAGCCGUGACCAAACCACGCUACAUGACAUGGCGGGAGACAAUCAGUUCCACGGCUACUCUGGGCUUCAGAAUCGAGGGCAUUAAGGUACGUCUUGUUCUGAGACCUAAAUAUUUGUUGUUAAAGGCUGCAAAAUAUUCUCAUAUUUUUGUAAAAAAAGGUAUCAAGGCACUGCCCAAAAAUCCCAGGUGAAACUACCCAAAAAGUCUGUGCUCAAAAACCAGCUGAUGGGGGCGUGGCUCGACCGCCGAAUGAGAUGGCCGCUUAGGCAGAGAGCUCUGCACUCGGAGCGGUCCGCAAAGCACAGCCAGAAGCACACAUCCGACCACAGCCUCUGCAACUCACCCGGCAAGAGAGAGGGGGUGAACCGGAGAUGGCACAGUAUAAAAAAAACGGUAAGAAGCCGCGGGAGAGCACCCCUUCCGUCGCCGACCUCCUCACCACACCUAGGCCGCAAGCGCCUAAAGAUGGCGGCGGUCAGGAGAGCGCGAACUGCCCAAGCCCACAGAGCGCCAAUGACUGGUCAGCCCUGUCACAGCAGGCUACCACCUCUGAUAUACUGCACUCACUGGCAGAAGUCAAACACUACCUUGCAGGGGAGAUAGAGAGAUCAGCCCGAGAAGUCAAGGCAGAGAUACAAACAGUAGGGCAGCGCACAGAGGCACUAGAAUGGAGAAUGGACCACGUAGUGACGGCCCAUAAUGAAGCAGCCUCAGCCACCAACACCCUAAUGGCAAAAGUGGCAGAGCUAGAGGCAGAAAUCGAAGAUGCAUCCAACAGGUCACGCAGAAACAAUUUGAGAAUUAAGGGUUUGCCUGAAAAGAUUAAAGAUACAGGCCUACAGAUGGUGCUAACUGCUCUAUUUAAAGAACAACUGCCAGCUAUACCGGAAAACUUGUGGGUGGUCGACAGGGCACACAGGGCGCUGAGAGCCCGUGGACCCCCCAACGGGCCACCGAGAGACGUAAUUAUGCGGUGGCAUUUUUUCUCCACCAAGGAGGCUAUACUUAAAAGUGCCAGACACCACACCUAUGCCAUAGAUGGCGCUACAUUACACCUAUUCCAAGACAUAGCGCCAGCCACGCUUGCCAGACGCAGAGAAUGGAAGCCCAUUGCAGACCUAAUCAGAGCAAAAGGCCUUAACUUUGCAUGGGGCCACCCCUUUAAAAUGCUGGUAUUCAACGGGCCAAGACCUGUGGUGCUACUACCCACGGCGGACCCCAGAGCCUUCCUCCACGAGAUAGGAGUUGAGGUCCCGGCGGACUUCCACCUCCCUCAAAGGGGCACCCAAGCGUUAGGUACCAUACCUAGAGAAGGGGCAGCGAUCGAAGGUAACGCGCCUCAUAGACAGUAAAACAGACCCUUGCUCCAAUGCACAACAACCUCUCUACCAUCGAAGACACACGACUCUCCCCUGCACGCACAAGGACUCUGAACCAGCCAACAAUGAAAAGAGACGCAUGGCCAGCAGAUGACAUCCCACUCAAAGAAACCUACAGCUCUAGAGGCACAGGAGACCAAAACCCUGACAGUACCAUUCACAGACAAACCUACCUUAAAACUGACGGGAAGGGAAGGACAAAACAAACAACAAGAAAACCCAGAAAAACAAACAAAAAACAAAAUAACUAAAUAAAAAAUAAAUAAAUAAAAAUAAAAAAAAAACACAAAAAAAAUUAAAAAAAAAGAUAAUGCCGAUACAGAAUUAGUAAUGAAGACAAAGGCGGUGCGGUUUGGCACAGCCCGGUCCCUCGCCCCAACAUACGCAGAAAACGCAACACACGAAGUCUAAGAAGAACUUCACUCUAACCAUAUAAAGGAAGAGAUCACAGAACCACAGAGGCAAACAGGCCUGAAAAUGCUCACCGACUCAAGGCAAAGAACCCCAAAGGAGAAGCUAUUUGCGCAUGACAUCUCACAUGGACAUACACCACAGCUACAUGAGCUGGGGACAAAGGAACAUCACCAACUGACAUCUCCACAGAGGAUCAAGUCACCCUAGAUAUCUGCCCUAGCAAAAUCGACGCCAAAGACAACCCGAAGCUAAAGACAAGACCCUACAAAAGCCAAGCCUAUAGACUCAAAUGGACUUUGUCAACCGGCAGGAGAACAACCAAUAACCAGCCAGAAAGAGCGACAGACCUGGUGUCCCUAUGGGCGCACCUUAUGGACUUGCUAAAGACGGGGGCGCCUACCACAAUUACGCCCGGAUACGCAAGUUUAUACUUUUUACUGCACACUAUCACGCACACGGGGGGAGGACAGGGGGGGUGGCUCAUUGAGCAAUAGAAACGCGGGAAGCAGAGUACAGCAUGGGGACACUCGCCCCAUAUCUUAAAAGACACCACACAUAGGGACUUAGGCCCCCCCCCCGCACAUCCCAGGUACUCCCGCGCCACCUCCAGGCACAGAAAUAGAUUAGGGGCUACGACUAGGCGGCCAUCAACAGCGCUAGGGUAAAAAAUCCCACCCAUACCUGGGACGACGGGCUGCAUGGGAACCCCGGGUCUACAGGGUAGUAAGCAGGAGGGUGAGGAACACGGAAGGAGAGAAAAAAAACAAAAAAAAAACACACAACCCCUGCACAACACCGGUGUCGUAGAGAUAGUCAGCAGCGGAUAGCCUACGCUAACACAACCAAAAGGGUCAGAGGGAGGGGGUACUGUACUAUAGUGCACUGUAUUGUAUUAUCUUGUGGUUUUCCUGUGCCUUCAUUCAAGCUGGGAUGUAUGCUAUAAUUAAUGUUGUUUUGUAAAUAUGUAUGAGACGUGACACACUCGGACGAACAGACCCACCGACCUUGCAGAGACUGGACUUUCGGGUGAGAAAUGACCGACCCUAGCGGACAGACUCCAGGGUGCUUGGCGGAUGACUGCCCCCUCCGUGCCUACACACUUCGCCGCGGAGCGGGUGGCCACCCCCCGGGAUACCCGGCACACCUGGAUAAGACCGGGACAGUUUUCUUCCCCACUACUUCCCAAAUUAAAGUAGCUUCCCCCGCUACCUCACCCCCCCCUCCCUGUCUCCCACCGCCCCUCCCCAUCCUCCCCCUUCCCCGCCCCCACCCAAGGGCCAGCAAGGGCCACAAACCCACAAGGCCUUAACGGGGCGCACGGCGGGACGGUCUAAGACAAGGAGCGCAGGGGGUUGGGUGGGACUCCACAAAACCACACAACAUGGCGACCUUAAAAAUUACCUCCCUGAACGUAAAUGGCUUAAACACCCCGACCAAAAGACGUUUACUGAUGAGGGAAGUUAAAAGACAAAAAACUGACAUAGCAUUUGUACAGGAAACGCACCUCCUGCGGUCAGCCCGGAUCCAACUAACAGACCAUCUAUAUACCAGGGCAUACUCCUCCAGGGCACUGGCCAAAAGAAACGGAGUUGAAAUACUUCUACAUAAAAAAUGCCCUUUCGUGGCCCAAACGACGCACACGGACACUAUGGGAAGGUACGUUGUCCUCACGGGGACCAUACAUGCCACCACGUACCACCUGAUCAAUAUAUACGCACCUAACCAGCCAGACCCGGAAUUCUGGGAAACGCUCCAUAAUUUAAUCCACACCUUACCGUAUGGAAUCAUAAUACUAGGGGGAGACCUAAACGCUACACCCUGCCACACAGUCGACCGCAGCGCCCCGACUAGUAGCCAUAAGACGCAGACCACAAGGGGCCAAGACAAACUCUUGAUCAAAUUUAUACAAAACACAAACUUAAUUGACCCCUGGAGGCUAUGCAAUCCAGGAGUGAAGGACUACACGUUCUUCUCGGCAGCGCACUCCACAUACUCCCGUAUAGACAUGUUCCUAGUCAACCAAACAGGGAUCCCAUGGGUUCACUCCGCGCGUAUCAACCUUAUCACUUGGUCGGAUCACGCCGACGUUGAACUCACUCUCAGACUACCAGGCCCCAAACCCCCAUGGAAAUGGCGAUUAAACGGCACACUAAUAAAGGACCCAGACACGGAGAAGCUCUUAAUAGACGAAAUUACGACCUAUUUCGAAGACAAUGACAACCCGGACUUAACCCAAUCCACGAUAUGGGCCGCUCACAAAGCGGUCAUGAGGGGUAUCCUCAUUAAACUUGCAACCCGCCGUAAAAAGCAGAGGGCCGAAACUCUCUUCGAGCUCCAAAAGGAGCUGAGGAGGGCAGAAGCCUACCACAAACGCAAUCCCACGACACAGGGCCUCCGGGACCUUAGAGACCUCCGUCACAGAAUCAGGACAACAGCAGUUGAGGAUCUCGGUCGGGACCUCGUUCGGAAAAAACGCCUCUACUACGAACGCUCCAACAAGAUGGACACCCUACUGGCUAGGGCACUAAACCCCAAGCCUCACUUCCAAACUAUCUCGGCGAUCCGAGAUAAACAAGGUCGGAUGACCCACAAUCCUACGGAGAUCAAUCAGAUCUUCACGGAGUUCCUAUCACACAUAUACAACCACUCCCCAGAACUAAGUAGUAAAAAUAGGGAAUACACCCAUGACGUAACUAACUACGUAACCAGGACGAAUAUGACGGGACCGAACCCGGAGGCCCUAACCGCCUUGGGAGUGCCCAUCGAGGAGGAGGAGGUAGACAGGGCGAUCACGGCCCUUAAGGGAAAUAAAGCCCCGAGGCCGGACGGCUUCGACGGCUCCUAUUAUAAAACAUUUAGAGAAGUGAUAACUCCGAGACUGACGAAGAUGUACAAUGAAUGGAUGGACGGUGGACAUCCAAACCCGGACAUGCUCACAGCUGACAUCGCACUUAUACCCAAACCAGGGCGGGACUCAACCGAAGCAGCAAAUUACAGGCCCAUCUCCCUAAUAAAUUUUGAUGUAAAAAUCUUUGCAAAAAUACUGGCAACAAGAUUAAACCCCCUCCUAGGUAAAAUAGUACACCCAGACCAGGUCGGCUUUGUGCCGGCUAGGCAACUAUAUGAAAAUACAAGGAGAGGUGCUGAUCUCAUAUGGUGGGCGACUAGGACCCGGACGCCUUCUCUGAUCCUUUUCCUGGACGCGGAGAAGGCGUUCGACAGGGUGCAAUGGUGCUACCUUUUUGCGCUACUAGAACGCCUACACAUGCCAGAAAACUUUGUUAAAGGUAUAAAAGCCCUAUACACUGAUCCGAGGGCCCAGACCAACGUACAGGGAGCAACCCCGACCCCAUUUACGCCCGCCAACGGCACGAGACAGGGCUGCCCCCUCUCCCCUCUGCUGUUCGUCCUCUUGUUGGAGCCUCUCUUGCAGAGGAUACGGGAGGACGAGCACAUAACCGGGGUCAAGGCGAGGGACGAAGAAUUUAAAGUCUCCGCAUACGCGGAUGAUGUCCUGGUCACGAUCACCAACCCGAGAGAAUCUUUGCCCCGACUUAUGACCCUCCUAGAGGAAUACGGACGCAUCACAGGCUAUCAAAUAAAUUUAGAAAAAUCGGUGGCCAUGCCAAUAGAAAUGGAUGCAGACAGCGUUAACGACAUUAAAAACACCUAUCCCUUCAAACUUACGAGAUCCGAAAUUAAAUAUCUCGGCGUUAAACUCACCUCAGACCCGGCGAAACUAUACAGUGCCAAUUACCCGCCUACAAUCCAGGCGCUUUGUCGUGACUUGGAAAAAUGGCACGAAAAGCCCAUAUCGUGGAUUGGCAGACAACACGCAAUUAAAAUGACACUACUCCCACGACUAUUGUUCUUGUUCCAGGCCCUACCCACCAAAGUCACUAAACAAGACCUGCAGAUAAUCCAGAAACACAUAGAUAACUUCAUUUGGGCACAGAAAAGACACAGGAUUGCUAGACAAGUAAUGUACCGACCGAAAGCGAAGGGUGGACUAGGACUCCCACUCUUAUAUCAAUACUACCUGGCGGCGCAACUAGCCCAAAUAAUACCAUGGCACACUCCGGAGGGCUCGCACAGGUGGGUAGACCUAGAGACAAAACUUAUGUGUACGGACCUCCCGCAAUUUUGGAUCUGGGUACCCAAACAAGACAGACCACCCCUACGCACCUCUUGUCCGGCGAUCCUUAAUUCCAUAAGGAUCUGGGACCUAACAGCCACCAAAUACGCACUAAAACACACACCCUCGCCACUGACUCCAUACUUACGGAACAAAGCAUUCGAACCCGGGCUGACCGCACGAGAUUUUAGGGGGAUAGAAGACACAGGAAUGCAAAGAUACGGACAUAUGUAUGACGGCGACUCCUUCAAAACCUUUGACACCCUAAAAGCCAUGGCCCCCCUGACAACCAAAGACGUAUUCAGAUAUGUACAGUUGAGAGACUUUGCCAAAAACCCAGAUAUUAAAAAAGCAGCACAGACCCCUAUGACAUUUUUCGAACAAAUGUGCAACACAGAAACUACACAAAAGGGGCUGAUCACGGCUAUAUAUGCGCAGUUGAGUUCCCCAGAAAAGGGAACUGCAGACCCUAGAUAUAUACACCAGUGGGAGGAGGACCUAGGGGGGGCUCUAGAAGGGGAGGACUGGGUGGAUAUCUGGGAAGCGACGGCCAAGACGUCAAUUUGUGUACUACACCAAGAACAAUCCUAUAAAAUGCUUAUGAGGUGGUACACAACACCGGUACAACUCCAUAAGAUGGGGAAAACCACGACAGACACAUGCUGGAAAGGCUGCGGAGGCAAAGGCACCUUUGUUCACAUGUGGUGGGAGUGCCCUGAAGUGACCAAAUACUGGAAAAGGGUCCAAAGAUUAGUGAAAGAGGUUCUCACGCGACACAUAGACUUAGAUCCCUGGGCGAUGCUACUGUCCCGACCAACGGACGGCCUUCCUAGGAAGGAGCAACAACUUUUAAAUAAACUCACACUGGCUGCGAGAAGAGCCCUCGCGCAGAUGUGGCUUAAACCCACAGUCCCCACAGACAACGACGUGAUAGUUAAAAUCAAAGACUCCUAUUUGAUGGACAAACUCACAGCACAAAUCAGAAAUACGGAAAAAACAUUCCAAAACAUCUGGCUUCCCUGGGAAGUGUACGCUAACGAAGAUGCUAUAUAGCCUGUAAAAGGUUCGCAGUGGUUCGGUGGACCUCCUCCCGCCGGGCGCCCCGAGAUAUACCAACCAUUUCCUCUCCCCCUCCUGCUCCAUCCCCACAGCACCACUUGGUGGCCCCCCCCCCACCCCCCCUCCCCAACUUUUCAAACCACUGACUAUACGAGACUCCAAAACUUAGGACAGCCGGCUGCCAUGACCGCCGGGAGACGCAGUUGACGAAGACCCACACCAAGAUGCAACGGCUAGACGGAAUUUAGGAUUGUGAAAGACUAAUGGUUUUUAUGAUGUCUCAAUGUUACAUACACUGUAAAGUACUAGUUUUUGUUCACGUUUGAUAUAGGGUCCUGAACGGACCUAAAACCGAAAACAGGCACCAAACGGUCCACGAUAACCAGACCAUCCGACAAACCUUUUACUCUUCAUUGUAUAACUCACUGCAAUAUAUGUUACAUAUGGACCCCUGCGAGGGCCACUUUUUGCUGGUCAGUGGCACUUGGUGUCGAACUAAAAAUAAAGAAUUUAAAAAAAAAAAAAAAAACAGCUGAUGCUAUCUGAAAAACCCAUGUGUUACAGUCAAAAGAUCCUGCGUGCCUUUAUUAGGUCUAUUCACUAACGUGUGGAUUCAAGGUGAUUUCAAAGUGAAUUUCAAAUUUAAGAUGAAAAUAGCCAAACUGUAAACAUUCUCUAAGUCAGCUAUGCUUUCCAUUCAGCUACUCUGGCCUUACAUUUUUAAUUCAUUUUGAAUUCUCACGUUAGUGAACAACCUUGUAUGCUUAAAGCUCUUGUUGCUUUAUCGCAAACACCCUGUAUUUCUGCUGAGUAUAUUUAUGUGAGCAGUCAAGCAGUAGCACAGUAAAUAAUGUUUAGAAAGACAAUAUCACUUGUUUCUAUAAAAACGGCUUCCUUUUUUUUAACGAGUUAAGUUCUGAUCUGCUCACAGAAUAGUCCUUAGAGGGAACACUGCACUUUCAUGUCAACGUGCCACAAGCUAUCAAUGUAUCAAAGUGUAUCAUGCAAUAAAGCUGUAGUUACAAUCAUCAGGUUAUAGAAUAAAGUUGAUAUUUUUGGACUCACUGCUGUGUAGCCAAAAUUUGUGGCUACUUGUCUUGGUUUGGACAUUUUCUCAGUUUCAAGCUAAGGAUUUGCAUAUGAAAAUGCACAGAUAUGCUGUAUUGUCCAUAUAUAUGUAAAAAGUAACUUUGUAUUAAAAGGAUACUCCUAGCACAAUAACCACUGCCAUUUAUUGUAGUGAUUUGGGUAGGUCUCAAGCAGUUUGACCUAAUCUUGGGCUCUCCCUUCCCCCAAAACUGAGACCACUUCUUAUCGCUCCGAUAAAGUGGAAUUUCGUUUUUCUCAAUAUCUAUUGUCCAAUAUCCAAUAUCCAAAAUGUAAACAGGAGUGAUAGACUGUGAUUGCAGGUGUUGGUCUUACAAGUGGGAUUGCAUGUAAAGACUCUGUGUACCAUAACCACUGUAAUAAACUACUCAUUACAUUAUAGUAGUUAUGGUACUUAGAGUGUCCCUUCCUUUAUGUCUGAACUCUGUAAGAAUUCAGACGGAAGCCUCCGCAUAGAUCACACGUUGAAUUUGACAGGUCUGAUACCUGGAGAGAUCAUCUGCAAUGCUAACGGCCCAUGAAAGUUUGUCUGAAUUGCCACGAAAUCCAGCUGAGUUUGUCUGUCAAAUCUAUGAGAAAUUCAGAGACUCCUCAAGUCUAAAGAUUAUGAUCAGCUUGAUGUAAGUUACACUCAAGUCGGUGAAUAGCCUGAAUAAUUAAUUAAAUGAAGAUUCAGGACAGGUGACUUGCUAAACGUUGGCCAUUAUAACAGAAAUGGUGAAAUUCUCCUUACGUAUGAGCUACACAACACUUAUUGUCCUCACUGAUUGCUAGCCCUCUGUGAGUUAGUCCCUUUCAAUCGCCAUUGCAGCUGAUACUGGGACAGCUGUAGAAUGAGUUCAUCGAGAUGGUGUUUUGUUUGUGAAACACAACAAUAGGUGGAUAUAUCCUGCAUGAUCAUCACAGCAUGCCCCCCUUGACCCCACCAGCUGAACACGUCCAUAGGAUGUCUGGAGCUGUCACAGUGAGAUCACCUGUGCACAAGCAGGGAGAUCUAACAAGUGGCUAUUGUAUGCUGAUCACUUCUUCCUCUGCCUUCAUUCAGUGAUAAUAUCCUGCCACACUGCAUCCUCACCUGCUGUCAUGUAAUGCAGCUUCGUCUGAUGAAAGUAUGGCUGGAAUUUCCUGGAUAUGUAUCACUUGUGUCUGAAAGUGCAUGUAGAAUUCCUGUGCCACUGGUGAGAAAUCACUGCCCUCACCAAAGUGGAAUCCUGUUGUAUAUGAAUGGUAAUAUUACAGGGCACAGCUUUUCAUCUUCUGCCCAUCAGCAUAGGUAAUUGAUGCAUGUCUGAGUUGAGACAGUGGAGCUGGAGCCCUGGAUGCAAUAUAGUGAGCUCUGAGUGGAGAGAUUAUUUCAUUUUUGACCUGGAUUAACCAUUUAUAUACAUUGUGUUUUGACACUGCAGGUAAUUUAUAGCCAUUGGGUUGCCAGGCUUGGGCUGGCUGAGCAUGAUGGGGUCAGCUGUCUGUCGUAACUGCAAUGACAGCCUUUGCAUGGCUAAGCGCAGCCAACAUCAGCCGGAUUGUUGAAUUCAUGGCUGGCUAAGUAUGGUGGGACUCUUGGCUGAGAGUGAUGGAAGUUAAUAUCCACAACGGCUGGACAGACUGCAUAUAGCUGAAUUAGCAUAAUGUGAGAUGCUGCUUUAAUGAAAGCCACUGGUCGACUGAGAAUGAUGGGAUUUGGUAUCAGCGGCAGCCAACAGAUGGUUAUGCUUUUCAGUGACUGCACGUGCUUUAAAUCGUUAGAAAUAAAACUAAGAUUAUAGACUUUCAUUUGACAUUAUCACAUGGUUAACCUUAUCAGGCUUUUUUUUACUAAAAGGGAGAAUUAAAAUUGAAUUUCAAAUUUAAAGCCAGAUUUUCCAAACUGAAAUCAUAGCGGACUUAGAGAAAUUCUCCAGGUCGGCUAUUUUGACCUGAAAUUUGAAAUUUACUUUAGAUUCACUAUGAAUUCAUACUUUAGAGAAUAAUACUUUAUAAGUACCAAAUAGAACCAUAGGGACAUUUUAUUCUCGGGAGUCAUAGUGUUAUCAGAAGAUCUGAUUUUCUUAUAAUGUAUUCAGCAGCAAAGGGUUAAGUGAUGUGCUUCCUUAGGAAGCAUCCUGUCUCUCUGCUCAUUUCCUGCAGGAGGAAGUAUAUUAGGAAGUAACAAAUGGCUUAUUUCCCCCUGAUGUUUAUGACCUGCAAGCGAUUUGCUGCCCAGGGGUCACGUACAGAAAGGGGAAGGGACAGAUAAAGACAUAAAGGAAAUUAAACUUAAGGACUAAAGCGUAGGAAGGUAGAAUGAGGAAAUGAAGAAGGUCAAAAAUAUUUUUGUUUAAAUAAACAUAUUGAGCUUUAUUCAGAUGUAACGCCAAUGUGACUGGGUGUUCUAAUCCUUCAUUAACCCAUGAACUAAGAGCACUGAGUGAUACGCCUGUUAAAGGCCCUGACUAUUAGGAAAGACCUGAAUGGAAUCGUAUCACUGGGUUUUACUGGGCUUUGCCAGUUCUUCCCUGGAAGCACUGAGUUUGGCAGUCCAUCGGAGCAGCUAAUUCUAGGGCAGUUGAAUAGCAUUUUGUUCCACCCACUAUUUACCUAGUUUUGCUUAUAAGAUGCCAUCACUAUGCCCCGUUUGUGCCUAGUUUGCCUGAGACAUACACCUUGUGCCCCUGUAGAUAAAGAGGACAGCAUUAGGCCAGGGGCAACAGGAAGUAUCCAAGCAGAUACACCAUGUUGGUGUUUAUUAGUUUCUAAGUGAUACAAAUCUGUCAGGGUUUCCUAUUCCCUCACCUCAGUAAAUUCGAUACAAGUGAUUAUUUGAGUAGAGAGGAGGUAAGCAUAAGAAACUCUUAGAACGUCUUGACUUACUCCUAAUGUCACCUCUUUGUGAAAACUGGGGUACAAAGUUAUGACAAUCCAUCUUUAGACUUUUUUCCCAAUUUUCCAGACUGUUCAACCCCACUUUCUUGCCCUCCGGAAAUUUGCCCCCUAUCCUAAGAAUUUCUGUGUGCUCUGCGUUCCACGUUAUCAGGCCUCCGGUGUUGUGCCAGCCUGACGAACGAUUGUUGAAAUCUAGGGGCUCUCACAGAAUUAGCCAUGUGCAAUCAUUGAACAGGGCUAGCAGAGACAAAUCCCCUUCCCUAUAAUAUCCCAGCUAAGUAUACACUAACAGAGGGAUCCACAGAGGGUCUGGCAGCUGCUCUCUUCACAUUUGGCAGAUUCGCUUCAUUUUUACUCUGUUGGAAUCCUUGGAAACUGUCUAUAGAUAGAACUUAAUGUUAUCGUUUGCCAAGGAUAAAAGGCAGGAUCGGAUAACUAGUAAGAAUAUAGAAAUUCUUUCCUUUGUACUCCACGCCAGAGAAGAAACGUUUUUAUGAGAUUCUCCAAAGAUGGGGUUUUACUUUUCUAAAAUUGAUAUAUUUUUAGGCAGUUGACCUUUAACGAGGAGCUUCUCUGGCAUGUCUUUCUAUUUGAAAUAAUAAAAAUGUAUAUAAUUAUGAUUUUUAAGCGUCAGGUCAGCUGAUAUUGCUUGUGGAUUGCAAAAAAAAAAGAUUUUUCUUUCGUGGCCUGUUUUUUAUUAUUAAUACAAUUAUACAGUGAAAGCUUAGGAGGAAACUUGCCAUGACUGUUAAUCUAAUUUGAAUCUAUAUGGUUUAUAAAUCACAAUUUGACAAAAUACCGGGAUGGGAAGAAAAAGGAGUCAAAAAUUAGACCGGCUUCUAAAUACUCCUUCCGGCCUUUUAAGAUAGAGCCUACAAAUAUUUUUUAUCACCAGAUACAAUUCUAUUUAUUCUUUUGUCAGUUGAUAAGCUUUGGAACCCGUAGGUAUUUCCACUGCAAGUACCAUAACCACUACAGCUUGCUAUACCCUGUGCCAUGCUGCUUUCUCGGAGUAAGUAGUCAAACAGUCUGGAAAUGUUGGAGAUCCUGCCUGUGCAGGGCUCAGCUCAUUGGCUGAGAGCAUUCAUCCAAUAAGCUUCCAGCUCGGUCCAGUAGUUAGACUACUUACCUUGGGAGUGUAUGAGGGCAUGGCUGCAGUGGUUAUGGUAAUUGUAGUAUUCAUUCUAACAAACACAGGGUUGUCCCCUAUAUUGAGAGUUGACAUGAAAAUUGCUAAUUUUAGACAAAAAUACCAAAAUAACCAAACUGGAGAAAUUCUUUUUUUUUCAUGUCCAAAAAUGUUUAAUGUUGUGGUUAACUCUUGACAAUUCCUGAUUUAGUAAAUAGCCCAAGAGUUUUAUUUAAGAAGAUACUAAGUUUGCUGAGGGCCCUAGGACCAUGUAGAGAGUGCUUCCGGGGUGGACCACACAUUUUGUUGUCUAUGGCACACCUCCCAAAUUCACCCCACCCUCAAUGUUAGGAGAUAUGUUUGUAUGAAAUCAGAGUGAGAUAUCAAGAGAUUUUAGUUCUGACCAUCCCCCUGAGCAUCAUUAAAUCUAUUAUUAAUCAACAGAAAUUUGUAUUGUAUAACCACAACAAUUCCUUAAGAAAUCUCCUAGUGACUGUGUAAGAGAGCAUUAGCAGAGGAGCCCCCGAGAGACCAACGAUUAAUUAGAAGCAGCUGGAGAGAUCCACAGCAGACAUGGAAGAAAAUGUCCACAAGACAAGUCUAAGGUGGACUAACUUGUACUCUCUUUGUGCUACUUCCAAGAUGGCUUCUUGCUUCUCUCUAAUCUGGGCACUGUACCUCACCCCCUGGUGCUAUCAGCCAAUGAUGACCCCGGAAGAGAGGCCUGUAGUAUGCCACGACUUAUGGGCAACUGGAGAGACUAGGCAUGUGCAAACCCUGCUGAAACAGGGCAGAAUUCAAACCUUACCCAUUUUUUUACUUGCCUAACAGCAACCAAUGAGGUUGGGAGGGGCCCUGCAGAACUGAAUCCUAUUAGAGAAUUAAAGAGACACUUAUAUUUUCAAAUAUGUUUUUGGCUUACCACUCUCACCUCCAGGAAAAGAACCUUAGUGUAUCUAAACUACUGCAGAUAAAUGUUCCCAUAUAAAAACUGGUGGGCCGCUGCCCAAGUGCCCCUCUAUCCACUGGGAUAUAAUUUCCCUUUAAUUGUGACACAGGCUCAGUUAUGUGUAUGUUAGAAAUAUCUACAAACGAGCUAUGUGAGUCUGCAUUCAUCAGUGAAUGUCUAAACACUUUCUCAGCCGUUUUCAUAUUUUAGAAUUAUGUGUUUUUUUUAUCUAUACCUGGGUUAGCUUUCCACCUGUGAAGGUAAUACAAGUUCCAUGAUCCUUCACUGAUUUCUUGACCUAUAGAUCUCUGAUUGAGCUGACCGAGUUAAUGGGAUUGAUAGUAAAUGGAUUGCCCACCUCUGUGCAAACCAGAAAUAUCUAUGUGUGUCGCUAUGUUUUGCUGAAACCAUUGGCUGGUAAUUUAAUAAUGUAUCUAAUAAAUAUCUAAACGAACAUAGCAUGGUAGAGGGAUUCAGUGACAAUCCCUUCAAUUAGGAAAUAGCUGUGCUAUCUAAACCAAUCCUUGUCCCGUAUAUAUCCAGUGUAAUUCCCAAUGGUUUCCCUUGAAAUAUACCGAAUGUACAUUCGUGUUUGUUUCAGACUUAGGAAAGGCCAACCUGGGCCGUGCUGGACUGGUGGUGUGUGGGGCACUUGGAUGGGAUCUAUUGGAGUCUAUCUGAUACAUUCUUUAUGUUUAAUGUAUGGAGCAUGCUGCUAAGACUAUAGGAAUGGCAAGAUCCGUAACAAGAAGGAGACUGUCUAAAGGGUUCUAUAAUUAAACAGUGACUUGUACUCAAGUCAGAAUAACAGAGUUACAAAAAAACAAAAACAACAAAAUGGAAUUUUACCAGCGUGACCUUUUACCUAAAUGUUGCUUCUUAUUUAUUGGCACACUUCAGAAGGCCACUGUUUACUGAAUAGAACCAUAAAUCAUUUCAUCUGUCCCAAAAUAUGUCUAAAUGUUACUUGCCUCAGGGAUUGCAUCUAUUAUAUAUCUGUUACGUUUCGAUAGGAAAGAGUAAAGAAAAACAGGACAGACAGAAAUAGAAAAACAUAAACAUGUCAGACUUAGAAAAGUAAUCCAAACAGAAACAGAAUCGAUGCACAAACAAACACAAUAGAAACAUAGCAAAAAGCAAACUCUCCUACAUGCUUUAAAUAAGUCUAUCAAGGCAGGAAGGGGAGAAAAGACACAAACAUAUUGUGUCACCUCUUACACAAAUACACACAUUGUCACACAAAUACACAGUGUGUCACACAAAUACACAGUGUCACCUCUCACACAAAUACACAUUGUCACACAAAUACACACUGUCACCUCUCACACAAAUACACAUUGUCACACAAAUACACACUGUGUCACCUCUCUCACAAAUACACAUUGUCAUACAAAUAUACACUGUGUCACCUCUCACACAAAUACACACUUUGUCACACAAAUACACACUGUGUCACCUCUCACACAAAUACACAUUGUCACACAAAUACACACUGUCACCUCUCACAAAAAUACACAUUGUCACACAAAUACACAGUGUGUCACCUCUCUCACAAAUACACAUUGUCAUACAAAUACACACUGUCACCUCUCACACAAAUACACACUGUGUCACCUCUCACACAAAUACACAUUGUCACACAAAUACACACUGUGUCACCUCUCACACAAAUACACAUUGUCACACAAAUACACACUGUCACCUCUCUCACAAAUACACAUUGUCACACAAAUACACACUGUUUCACCUCUCACACAAAUACACAUAUUGUCACACAAACACACACAUUGUGUCAUCUCUAUCCCAUGUAAUCUUUCAGCUUUUGGCACAUGGACACUUUGUAAUCCGUCCAUCAUACGGUUUAAAGGGCACUUUCUUUAGACAUUUGUUGGGCUUUUUUGACUCUAUGAAAGUGAGUGUAAAUGCUAUUUGAAAUUAUUUAGCUUGUGGUAUAUUAUUAUUACAAGUAUUUAUAUAGCGCCAACAUAUUCUGCAACGCUUUUUCAGUGAAAGAAAGGGAAUAUGAGGAAGGCCUUAUUUAGACGAGCUUACAGUCUGUCAUUAAUAUAUUGAUAAGCAGAUAAAUAUCCUUAGGAGUCUCUGAUUCUUUUUCAACACACUGCACAUUACUGUGAGUUUUAUCACAGUGAAGCUCUGUGAUACACUGAUACACUCUGUGAGUUUUAUUGCUGUGGAGCACUGUGAUACACUCUUGCACACUACCCAUUAUUGUGAGUUUUAUUGCUGUGGAGCACUGUGAUACACGCUUGCACACUACCCAUUAUUGUGAGUUUUAUUGCUGUGGAGCCCUGAUACACAUAUACACAUUACUGUGAGUUACUUUGCUGUAAGGCUGUGUGAUACACUGAUAAGCAGUGCAUGUUACUUUUUAUCCGUGUAAAGCUCUGUGAUAGACAGGAUUACCCACUACUAACCCACAAAUUAUUGGGGUUUCACCAGGGAAUGGUCCUGACUGUGUAAUAUCCCACAAACCUCGAGUUUUUUAAAUUCUCCUUUUAGAGUAUAAUGUUGAAACUUGCUGCAGUUUGGCUGCUACGGCUCUCGCGGCUGUGAGAUAAAUUGUUUCUCUGAGUUUACAUGUCAGAGAAAAUGAUUUAGCUGUAGUUAGAUUAUGUCCUGUUAAAUGCAGUGCUGUAUUUAACGUCCUGAAAGAGGUCACGGUUUUCUUUUGUGGAAUCACAGUGUGUUUGUGUCUUGGAUAGCAUUUUAGUGAGCGUAUCUGGCAAGGCGCUGGAAUGGUACAUGUUGUGUAUAUUUAUCUGUGUACAUUACUACGCUGAUAAAACAAGCCAUGGGACAGGAUCUAGACAGGGUCUUAAACUGUCACAUAAAACACUCACAUUUAAAAGGAAUAUAUAUCGGACACAACAAACAUGUUUGUGUCUCUGCUCAGUGCUUACUGUUGUCAGUAUUUUUAAUAACCAUGAAUGGAAAAAUAUUAUUCUGUAGACCUUUAUAUGUCGGUUGGGGAUACGAAUGGUUCCAUGUAAUAUCUUUGAAACACGGUGGCCUGGUCAGAUUUGAAUCACCUGUUCGCUGGUGUCCGCACUAAUAAACAUCACUCACGUCUCUGAGAAAGGCGUUCAGGAGCAGCUGGUAGUCCAUGCCAUCAGGACCCCAAACCGUGUUCACUUAAGCCCUUGAUAAUAAGAAAGUCCGAGAUUAGUUACUCCAAAAAUUCAACAAUAAUCAGGUUCCCACUAAUAUACUGAAACCUACCCCGGGGAUAAUUUGAUCUACGAUAUUUCUAGUUAGUUUUUUUAUAAGUUUGCUUUAUUCAUUUAUUUGUUGGUUUUUAUAUAUAUAUAUAUAUAUAUAUAUAUAUACACACACACAUUUAAAUAUUUAUUUUCGCUAGUUUGCCUGAACUGACUUGUGUGACUUGUGUAAAUAAAUCAUUUGGAAUGUUGUUAUAACAGUAUUAGUCCAUAAUUCUUACAGAGAAUUCACUUACAUACAAAUAAAAACAAAAAAAAACAAACACAGAUUGCUAUGCAUUGUGGGAUUGGGGAAUGACGCCCUCUGCAUUUUUGCGUAGCUUGGAUUGGUCCACCAUUCUUACAGGUGAUAUAUCCAACCCAGAAAUUAUGAUAUCAGCACCUCCUGCACUUCUGCAGGCGAUAUAGACUUGUACUUGGCCAAUAAACCCAUAGAUGGAAAAGCCAGGAUCUUAGCUGGCAGUUUGUACUGAAAAGAUCCCUAAGGGAACACAGGAUAAAAAAAUGAUGGCAUACUUUUAUCGCUUUUUGACCUCAUCAUGUUGGAAAUAUUUAAUUGUGAAAGAAGAUGCCAGCACAGAUUGUGGAAAGACAGUUAAUAAGACUGAAGAAAUUAGGACGACAUCCCCAAAAUAAGUGGAAACAAUUUCAAAUAAUUAAGAAAUAAUCAAAUUUAUCUUCUCAGUAUUAAAAUGCCUGAUGAUUUGUAAAUUAUUUGUUUUUAAAAUGUUUAAAACAAAAUGUUCCAGGAAACCUUUUAUUAUCGAAACAAUCAUUUUGUCUAAUAACUAAUAUUGGUUUCCUUAUUUUGGCACAGAAAGAAGAUGGAACGGUCAACAGAGACUUUAAAAAGACCAAAACUCGGGAACAAGUAAUAGAAGCAUUCAAAGAGUUUACCAAGGGGAAUGUUAACAUACUGGUAGGUUUUAGCAACUCAAGAGAAUGUUUAUAAAAAUCUACGUCAAUGAAAGAGUGGUGGGUGUGUGGAAUAGCCUCUCAGCAAAAGUGGUAGAAAUAAUAAAAUUUUAAAAAUGGUUUGAACUACACCAAUAUUCUUCUCUGACAUGAUACCAAUAAACUUAAAGUAAAUAAGGCCUGGAUUCAUUUUUAGAUUCUAAAUAAAUAGAACAUAAUAGAAAAUUGAUCAGUUAUCUAGUAACUAAUGCUAUACAUAUUGAAGUUCGUUCGUCCUCAUUAGUUAAGUAAAAAAACAAACGUCAGAACAAAAAAAUAGUCUAACGUCAAAUAACAUUUCGAUACUAUGACAGAAUUGUGGGAAAGCAAUAAGUAUUGCACUACUAACAUUUCUUGUUUAGGGCAGCGGUAUCAUUGGUCAAAAAAUGACUCAGUAACUGCUUUUAAGGACAUUGAAACACGUUUUUAUGGUUUUUAUCAAGCAAUACAAAUGUCGAAGCAGUUUUUGUUCUGCAGAUUUAGAUUUUGAUAGACAGAUGAUAUAUUUGAUGCUAAAGAAAGAUAAAUUAUUCUGAGGUUUCUGUUCCUGGCGUAGAAGUCAGAUUCCGAUCGUCUGUCCGCUUCUACCUGCCACCUGCCGUGGAAGGCUUAUUCGCAAUAUGGCCGCUCUCUACAACAUUCUGUCAUUCUUGCAUGGUGAUUGGCAAGACCUGUGCUUGUCACAGCUUGUCCCUUUUGCGCACUUCCCUAUUCUGGCAACAGCCACCAUUUUGUGGUCCAGAUGAUUAUUUAGUCAUCGUGAUACUACAAUUCUCAUUUUUCUAGAAAUUAUCGCUUUUACUCAAAAAGAAGACUUAGUUAUGACACCAUAACAUGAAGCGGUGUUUACUUAACUUCUUUAAUAAUGGCUAACCCCGAUGCAUGCUGUCCAGGCCAGCAAUGCAUCAUGGGAAUUGCAGUUCGCAAACAUUUGGCUGCUAAGAAUGCAAAACCCUUCUCUAUUUACUCUUCAGGCUCAGAGACCCAAUUCAAGUCCACUUAAGCAUAUUAACCCCUUAAGGACCAAACUUCUGGAAAAAAAGGGAAUCAUGACGUCACACAUGUCAUGUGUCCUUAAGGGGUUAAAUGGUGUCUUUUGGAUUUUGGUUAUUAAUCAGCUAAUGUUUUUAUUUUUUUUAUCUCUUUUUCCAGAAGUCUUACCUUAGUCGCCUGGAAGAAGUACGUACCACGUUGGACAAAUCCCCGUUCUUUAAGAGCCACGAGGUAAAAAAAACCCACAUAAAUGAAGUUAUUUGGAAAUAGAAUUCACAUAGCAGCUUGUAAAAUGUGUACAGUAAUUUCAUUCCUGCUUUUCUAUGAAAGAAACUACUUGUGAAUGCAAAACUACAUAUCCCAUAACUCAUUGCAGGGGAGACGUUUAUGAGAUAUGCACUUUUCUCCUGCUGAAAUUGACUAGGUUUGAUUGAGAAAGCUCAGGACAGGUUUGUUGCAAAUGCGGAGAAAAAGUAAGGAGUCAGUGCAUUGGUUUCUUUAUUCCUAAUUUUUAAAAAUUUUAAAAUUUCAUCUAUGAAAACAGAAUUUCAAUCAAAGCAAAUCUGACUUUCUUUUAAAAAAAAUAAUGGUUAAGAGUAUUUUUACUCUUUUUUUUGCAAUUUGACUAUUUUGGCCUUCAUAUUGUAAGUCAUUUGUCAAUUCAUCAUUUGCGAUGAAUAGUGAAGAGUUUACCGCUUUACCUGGAGGUUUGAAGAUUCCGAGACCUGCACAGAUGUUCCAAAUCAGAAUUAUCGUCAAUUGUAUUAUAACUUUUUUUUACUGAGCACCAACAUAAUCCACAGCGCUGUACAUCGGGUGAAUUAACACUGGGUAGGGUUGCGGCAGACAGAACCUAGAAUUUAGCAUGUAUAAUACUUUUAUAUAAAGUGUUUGGUUAAAUGACCCUCGCACUGAAUUGUAGUAAAUUGAAAACUAGAUUGCGAAGCCAAGCUUUGAGAUUCUUGUUAAAUCAGCCAUUUUGCAAUGUGAUUUUUGCUUAUUUAGUGAAUAGACCCCCAUCUGUCAUUUUGUCCACAUCCCUUACCCCCCACCUUGUGGCACACUGUUCUGCCCUCGGUCUCCCCGCCGCGGUACACGCUGUACUGUCCAGCACUGAAAGGGUUUCCUGUGUUGGGAAAUGGAUACAAUGUGGAAUGUAAUGACAUAAUAGAGCUAACAUUCAGCAGCUACUAUUCUUAAAAACCAAAAAAAAGGCAUCUCUUAGCAACAAAAGCAUAACAAGCUGUGGUUAAGCUGUUGAAAAUGAAAACCCUCUGCACAGAUUGAUGUCUAUUUACGUUUAUGACAAGAUAAAUGCUCUCUAGUGUAUCCCAUACACAGGCCGCAUUCCCACAGUGUUCCGGACGUUCAUCUCUUUGUGGAAAUCGCACGGGUCAUCUGUGGUUAACAUCUUCACAGGCAUUUUAUUAAGCAACUUAAUGAAGGCUUUAAUGCAAAUUAAAGGCCUCAAAUGGUGGGGCCUUAUUAUCUGAUGCGUCGAGGCAUGGACUCCACGAGACCUCAGAACGUGCCCUGCGGCAUCUGGCACCAAGACAUUAGCAGCAGAUCCUUUAAGUCCUGCGAGUUGCAAGGUGGGGGCUCCAUGGAUGGGAUUUGCUUGAACAACAAAUCCCACAGUUACAUUAUUUCAUGUCCUCUAUGCCCAGAUUCUGAUGGUAAAGGGUUACUCCAGCCAAAAAACAGUGUUUUAAGAAAAACACUGUUGGAAUAACCAUUCCUAGCAGGGAAUGCCCCCCAAACGUAAAAAAAAAAAAGCAUAAACUUACCUUGGUUCCAGAAGACAUUUUCCUUCAGCCUGAUCUUCCUCUGCUGAUGUCUGUCCUGCUUACUGGACACGCUGGGAGGCCAGGGAGGGCGGGCUGUGGAGUUGGCUGUGCCACUGGCAACAUGCCCCCAUUCCCAGUACCACUUGUGCUGUCUGGCGUAAGUAUGCUAACUUUGCUCACAACUUGACACAGGAGAUGGAGUUCCAAAAUGGGUUAAUCUCCGAAUGUGCAAAGUGCCAUACGUGCAUAUGCAGACUCCAGGUACCAUAACCACUUCAAAUCAAUGACGUGUUGAUGGUGCUUGGAGUAACCAUUUAAACUCGCAAAUGACGACCCAUACAAGGGGCACAGUGUGUGUGUAUAUCAGCAGUGUGAAUGCUACCCAUAUACAAAGUUACCUGUCGGGUCCAUCUGAGAGGGCUUUACUGCAAGGUUACUGAAAAAUAUAGGAUUAUAGCUGCCUACAGAAUUACAGAGUAGUUUAAUUUUUUUGUACUUGAAUAAAACUGCUUUACAGCUGCUGAACUACAUACCCCAUGAGCCCAAGGGUGUGUUAUGUUGCUAUUGUUACAAUCUUCAGGGUAGUGAGAUUUUAGCAUACUGUAUGAUGUAGGUGAUUGUGUAGUCACCUGCCUUGUUAGAACGCCUGCCUUGACUGUACCUUUAAUGGCAGCUGUACAACAGUUCUUGGCACAUGAUGGAAGUUUCCUAUUGACUUGUUUGAAUGUCAGUAAUGUACGCUCUGUUUGCUUAUUGUACGCACACCUAGAAAAAAAUCAAUAAAUAUCGCAUAGAAUGCACUGAAAGUGCCAGGCAAUCCUUCCACAUCAUCAUAACCUAGAGGGGUUUCUGACCCUGAAUGCAGUGGAAGUGUACUCAGAAAAAUGUAUUUUGAUGAACAGUAUAGAAAUAAAUACUAAAUAUAUAUUUGUAUAAACAUAUAUUAAAGGGACACACCACUGUUUAAGUAAUAAAAUCACUGUUUAGUAGUUAUAUCCCCAAUGAUUACAUGCGUGCAUUUAAUUAUGCAUUUUUUUCUUUGUGGGCUAUAUCUAAAAACAGAUUGAAAACGCUGUAGAUCUCUUGCCUGCAGCCUUUGUAAGCCCCCACAUCCCCCCCUUCAAAUCCCGCCCAGACUUUCUGUGGCUGUCCAAUCACAGACUUUCCAAUGCAGCUCAAUGAGAGAUCUUUGCAAGGCAGGUGCUCUGGGCAAAUGCUGCCUCUUGAGUUUAGUUCCACUGAGCUAACCAAACCGGGAUGUAACAGGACCGGUUGUCUAAUUGACAGCCGCUGCCUCAAUCCUAAGUACACCCUGCAGGGAGGCUAUAAUAAUACUUAUGGUACCUUACAAACACAGUCACUCAGCCCCUCACAAACUCACACACAUGCAGACAGACACAUAGAUACACACACACACACACACACACACACACACAUACAUUCCAGACACACUCAUGAGGAUACACACACAUACCCAGAUAAAACCCGACAUACACUGACACGGUGAUUCUAAAUGCCAGACUCAGUGACGAACAUGCAUACAUGCCUCACAGCCACGCAAAACAAACACUAACAUGCGCACUAACAGACACACACAAUGACAGAGUCACACACAAACGCAAUUAUUGAAAUUUUAAAUAUUAUAGCCACCCUACUCUUUGCUUCCCUUUUGCCGGCAGUUUUGCUUCCCUGUGGUCCAUUAGGGAUCUGGAAUAGACUGCUGUCUGUAAUGGACAGUUUCCAUCUUCACUUUCUCCCAAUGUGGCCGUGCAUGUGGAGAGGAUGUACCUUGUAAGGGGUCAGCGCCAUCUCCCUCUCUCCUCAAUCUCCCUCUCAUCCCUGAACUCCAUCUCCCUCUCUCCCCCAACUCCAUCUCCCACCCAGCUCCAUCUCCCUCUCUCCCACCCAGCUUCAUCUCACUCUCUCCCCUUACUCCAUCUCCUUCUCUCCCACCCAGCUCCAUUCUCCCUCUCUCCCACCCAGCUUCAUCUCACUCUCUCCCCUUACUCCAUCUCCCUCUCUCCCACCCAGCUUCAUCUCACUCUCUCCCCUUACUCCAUCUCCUUCUCUCCCACCCAACUCCAUUCUCCCUCUCUCCCACCCAGCUUCAUCUCACUCUCUCCCCUUACUCCAUCUCCUUCUCUCCCACCCAGCUCCAUCUCCUUCUCUCCCACCCAGCUUCAUCUCACUCUCUCCCCAAACUCCAUCUCCUUCACUCACCUUACUCCAUCUCCUUCUCUCCCACCCAACUCCAUCUCCCUCUCUCCUACCCAGCUUCAUCUCACUCUCUCCCCUUACUCCAUCUCCUUCUCUCCCACCCAGCUCUAGCUCACUCUCUCCCCUUACUCCAUUUCCCUCUCUCCCACCCAGCUCCAUUUUCCUCUUUUCCACCCAGCUCCAAGGAGCAGACGGUGCAGGCAGGAAAGUACAAACAAGCUCUUUCAGAAAUACAAACUUCAUCCCAAUGUUUCUGAUGCUUGGCACCUAUGCUGGUGGACCCUUCCCUCCACUAAAUCUGCGGAAAUGCUAGGAGCAGCUAGCUGCGGUCGCUCCUCGCACCUCCUAAUAGUGGUCAUCCUUCUGGUGGUGACUCUCUCCUGCCCCAUGCUACAGGCCCUGCUCUCCAGUUAUGAGAGUUGGUGGUGGUUGCGUGUCCCCAGUGAGCCACCUAAAUCGUCUAAAUAGAGAGCCACCGAUGGAUGAAUGGAAUUAACCCAACGCACAGACAAUAAUACCCUCUAUGGUUAUAGCACUUUUAUACGAUUACUGACUUGCUCAGGAGAUAAAGUUCCUAUGUGUUUGUUGUAAAACAUGAUUUCUGGAGAAGCUGAAGGUACAGGUGGAAGGGAACCUGGCCAGCUAGAAUAGCUUUAGGCCUAACGCAUUUUAAUAGGAUAUUGUUCAUCGUGGUUGUCAAAAGGCCAGUUCCCUUCAAGUUUGUUGAAUUGUUUAAUUAAAGAUUAUAACAUUUGAUGUAAUAUCUGUUCCCUGCUCAAAGGAACAAGCAAGUUUAAUAAAUGCGACUCUUAGAAAUUGCUAGUUUUAUUUGUGAAUGAUUUUUAAAACUUUCAGGACUAAGGUUUUUAAAAGCCCUGAAUUCUUGUUGAUUCUGAAGGGGUUAAAAGUGAUUGUUGCCUAUUUACCCAUGGGGAGAGAAGCUGUCAUUGCGGGGAUAUUCUGAAUAAACACUGGUCAGCCUUGUUACACUUAAUCUAUUACGGCAAGGGUUAGGCCACGUAUCAUCUGAACGUAUGACUGUUGUUCUUUGUACUGUCCUGUUAAUAAACAAGUCACUGCCGAGCUGUUGCCAUUGACCCUGCAUAUAUAGACAGUAUAGAUUUAAUAUAACCCUAUUCUUCUUGUCGUUCUCCUGCAGGUAAUUGGGAGUUCACUGCUUUUUAUCCAUGAUAAGAAAGAGCAGGCCAAGGUUUGGAUGAUUGACUUUGGCAAAACAACCCCACUGCCGGAGGGUGAUGUCCUAGACCACAGAAUAUCCUGGGUUGAAGGAAACCGAGAAGAUGGCUAUCUCUUUGGACUCGAUAACUUGAUAGACAUCCUUUCUGAGAUGGCUGAGGAAGACGAUGUACAUUAAAAGCCAUGCGCGCUCUCCUGUGUUAUGGAGUCCAGACUGACACGCCAGUGAAUGCACUACAAAACUCAUCCCAGAUUACCAUCGUUACCCUGUUGGAAGGACUGGAUUUGUAGAAAUACGUUGCAAAAACAAAGAAAUAUCCUAUACGAUUUCUGCAGUUUUAGAAUUUGUAUAUAGUACAUUUGCCAGAACAAAAUGACUUUUUUUACUGAUUUAUCUACCAAUGCAGGUCAUUCGCUUUUGAUGCUUAGCAUCUUGCAGCUUGCCUGAUAACUCAUCAGUUGUCCAAUGAUCCAAAUGGAUUGUAAGCCCCUUGCCUUAGUCCCGUGCAGUAGGGCAGCUUAGGAAAAGUUUCACUCAAAAAAACGCUGGUGCGGUUUGGCUACGAGUCUCUAAUGCAAUAUUAACUGCCCCGGGCAUGAUAUGUCAUUGAGGAUAUCAUGGAUUGUUGACCGUUACGUUGUUGCCUGUCACUCUGGCUAAAUGUUAGCUUUACACAGGUCUGUGCAUGCGCAGCCCCUCUCGGUACCCCACUCACAAUUUUUUUUCUAUAACAUUAGUUUUCUUUAUGCCAAGAGAUUUAUUGGUGUGAACUCAACCUUGCUGGGCUCUUGCAGCUGUUACCGGCCAGCCAGCAGGACAAGCAUUAUUGAAAACAUUGUUUCCAGGCAAUUUCUUGGCAUUUCUGAUUAACUACAGUUCCCAUGAUCCUCUUUACAGCUGGAUGGCCAAAAGUCAAUUUAGUCUGAUCUCUCCCAGUGAACUUGAAAAGUGACUCGUUUAUCCUCCUCGCUGGCAGUGAUGGGUGUUAUUCUAACCAACAUUUAGAAAAUGUAGCCAGGGAUUAACCAACAUUCCUGAUAAUUAUAGCCUCUCUCUGCUCUCUCUCUGUGUUUGGCUAAAAGGUGUGAUAUUAGGGAACUUCAGCCGAUAUACAGGUAUUAAUUGAGUCCGGUUUAUAAUAAUUAUUAAUACUUUUUAUACAGCAGCAACAUAUAUGGCAGCGCUGUACAAUGGGUGGAUGGACAUAAAAGUAGUAGAAACAGGACAGAUUGGACAGGAAGUCCAAUAGUAAAUGCACUUACAGUCUAAUGGGUUCUCUUUCAGCUUACUGUCACAUGCAACUUAACAUAUUUUAAAUGUUUAUUAUAUUCCCUUUUGACAUGGCAUAACCAGAGCACACACUGUAAAUUAAACAGUCACUCCCCAACCAAUUAAACAAAAUAAAAAAAAGCUAAGCCUCACCUCCAUUGCUGCUGGAGGUGGAGUUUAACCUCAGAUGGCAAAGGGUAGUUACAUAGCAAAACACUGCACAUACAGACUGCGGGCACCAUGACCACUUCAAAUCACUGAAGUGGCCAUGGUACUUGGAGAAACCCUUUAACAUAUCUCCUGAUCGUAGGUGCUGUGAAGAGCAGAGCCGGGAACAAACUUUGGAAUAUAUUCCCAAACUCGCUUCUCAGCAGGUGAUCAGGGGAGCGUGUGUGAUCGUCAUAUCAGCCUGGAAAUAUUAGUGCUACCGAGGAAUACGCAUAAUACACUCCUCACCCCGGUGUGCACUAAAGUAAUGUUUAAAGGGACGAGGGCUUGAAGAUCUGUCACUCCCAGAGCUGUGACAGUCAAAGCUCUAAGCUUUUAAUUGAUAAUACAGUGUAUGAAAUAAACAAAUAUAUACUUUUUUUUCUGAAAAUACAGAGGAUUUUUACACAUGGUGGAUUCAUCAACCCUAACUGCAAAUUUCUAUGGGGAAUGACUGCCACCUAGUAGCCAAAAUUCAGUAUUAUUCUAUGGAACCUCAUUUGUAAGCAGGUGAAUAGGCUGUGCCAGAUCAUUGUUAACCCCUUCCCUCCCAACAUGUAUACAUGCGGUUCUUCUCCCCUCAGUAAAACUCUGCAAACUGUCUGAGUAUCUCUGCAGAGAGACAGACCCUAUGGGGGUUUUAAAGUAAAAGUUAAAGGGACACUAUAGUCACCCGAACAACUUUAGCUUAAUGAAGCAGUUUUGGUGUAUAGAACAUGCCCCUGCAGCCUCACUGCCCAAUCCUCUGCCAUUUAGGAGUUAAAUCCCUUUGUUUAUGAACCCUUGUCACACCUCCCUGCAUGUUACUUGCACAGCCUUCCAUAAACACUUCCUGUAAAGAGAGCCCUAUUUAGGCUUUCUUUAUUGCAAGUUCUGUUUAAUUUAGAUUUUCUUAUCCCCUGCUAUGUUAAUAGCUUGCUAGACCCUGCAAGAGCCUCCUGUAUGUGAUUAAAGUUCAAUUUAGAGAUUGAGAUACAAUUAUUUAAGGUAAAUAAUUUUUUGAAAGUGAAACCAGUUUUUUUUUUUCAUGCAGGCUCUGUCAAUCAUAGCCAGGGGAGGUGUGGCUAGGGCUGCAUAAACAGAAAAAAAGUGAUUUAACUCCUAAAUGACAGUGAAUUGAGCAGUGAAAUUGCAGGGGAAUGAUCUAUACACUAAAACUGCUUUAUUUAGCUAAAGUAAUUUGGGUGACUAUAGUGUUCCUUUAACUGUGGUGAAUUAAGAGUCAGGUUUGGAGAGUUUAGGCCAAAAUAGCAAAUUUUUAAAUUUAUGAAACGUGUUUUUUUUUUUUCAGUUUAGAUGUUUUGGCCCCCGGUUUGGUAAAUUCAGUUUUCAAAUCACCACAAUUCCCUGUUUAACAAAUUAACCUCUUGGAGAAUAUACCUAAAUAGGAAUUCAGGCAUUUCCUGUAGAAUAGGUCAAACUGUGUGGCAUUAUCUAAAUGGGUUAUAAAAUGUAUAGUAAGCUUUGUAAAUAGAUUUCUUCUUUCUGGGCUUUUUGAUUAGUUUUUCGUUUUUUUUUUAAAGCAAUUGGCAGUGACACCAAAUGUGUUGUGUGUUUUGUGGUGAAGUGUUCCUUGUUUAAAUUUUUUUAUGCUUUUUACAUUUUUUUUAUAUAUAUAAUUUUAAUCCAUUUCGCUUCUUCAAAGUUUACAUAGUUUUGAGAAUUAUUCUGUUUAUAUUCCUUUAUGAAAGUGCCUCGGGCUGGUGUUUAUUCAUACAAUGCAUUGGUUUUUAAUUUAUAUUUAUUUCAGUUUUUUUUUAUUACACAGGACACUAACUGCAUGGCAAUAUGUUUUUGUGUAUAUUUCAUUAUAUAUCAUUGUUUUUAUCCUUUGAGUAGCACAGGGGAAAGCGAACAUGCAUUGCGUGUCUCUCUGGCAAGUUAAAGGGUUAAUAAUGGUUUACCAAUGACCUUUUGCUUUUUACUUUGUGUUCCGUUUUACGCCACGUCUUGCUGCCUGACCAUUGCGCUCUAUUGUUUCCUUUAGAUGAGGACAGUUUAUAUGAAAAUGUCUUAAUUAGCCCUUGCUGUGAACAUCGCCUGGUACCUGCUUUAGUGUGAAAUAACAAAAAAAAAAAUAUAUAGAAAAUCUCUUGGAGUUAACUAAAUAUGGUAACCAUCACUGUGCCUCGCUGCCCUGUUUCUUAAAUAAACCUAUAUAAUAUGA